CAGUGGAGAGUAGUAGUGAGUGUAGUAGUAGUAGUAGUAGUGAUAGUCGUCGCCGUCGCCACCGCUGCCGCCGCCGACGACCGACAGGCCGAGUGCCCGACCGACAGUCGCCGUCCCACACACUGCCGGACGUUGUCGUGCGCCGUCUUCGUCGUCCCCGUCGCCGUCUCGCCGCGUCGAUCCACAGUGUGCGCUCUUGUUGUUAUUUGUUUGUUUUUUUUUUUUUCCAUAAACACCGAUUGACAUUUAUUGCACAUCGAUUCGGUAACGCGUCCGAGUUUGGUCGUCGCCUGAAAUUACUCGAGUGCUCGUCCGGUAUUUUUCCGUAGGGGGGGGGAGUCGGUGGCUAAACGACAAUACGCACGUAAUAAACAAGACGCUUAUCGUACUUGACGCGCGCGCGUCCCCGGACGCAUUCCGAGAAGGUAAACCGGAUUUUCGCGAUCGCGCGACACCGGUCCCGCAGAGGCGUCGUCGGACGACCGCGAUAAUCUCAUACCGAACACGCCGAGAAAUAUUAUCGGCCGGCGAACUGCAACGUGUUGUCUGUCUCCGUGUGUUUCAGGACGAAUGGAUUGACACGCGACAUCGAAAACGCAACCGCGCCGUCCGCCGCAGCCGACAUGGACAGGUAACAAUAACGAUAAUGAUUUUUUUUUGUUUACGCACUUUUUCUUUUUUCUUUUUUUUUCCUCGCACAACGACAACAAUACGAUCGUGUUUACUCGCAAAACGACGGUUUAAACGACGCACGCGAUACGAGAUUGUAGUUGGUAAGCGAGUACCGAUGUCCGGUGCCUGUACCGCGGCACCGGUCGACAGGUGCGUGCCGAUACGGCGGCGGCGGCGUAGCCGGGAUUCGGGGGAGGGGGAGGGUUUAUGAGAGCGGUCCGGGGGUUGGGAGAGGGGAGUUUGUGGCGGGUAAACGACCUUCUCCGAACAUCGCGUGUAGCCGAACGACGAGGAAAAAAAAAAAAAAGGCAACCGGGGGGAGGGGGUCACAUCACCCGUGUACCCCCACCCCCUCCCGCCCCUGGCCGCGCCGCUGCCCCGGGGCGCGUUGUCCGGCCGCGCCGAGUGACGGCGACACAAUGUAAUGGUGCCGGGUGAUAAACGGCACGGUCGGUUUUUACGACCCGGGUAAUCGUGAAACGCGCGUCGGACGCGUACCCCGCACGCACAUCACGCGCGUACGACAAUAAUCACCCGCGUGUAAUCCGAGUGCCCAAUCACGGGCGUCUAUGUCCCCCGUCGGCAAUCGCGUAUAACGCGACCGACGCGCGUGCACACCGCGUGCCGGGUUCCGGGCAGCGUCUCGUACGCGAUUGUGAUUCCCGGUACUCGCGAUACGGUUUCGUGUCGGGCAGCCACCACGUAUCCGCCGUGUAGGUAUCCGUCGUACCCCGCGACGAUUAGCGUAUCCCACUCGGGUCGCCCGCACGCACCCGUUCCGAAGUAUCUCGCCCGCAGGCCGAGCGAGUCGGGCGACUCCGGCGUUCUCGCCGUCUGGCCUUUCGAAACCUAAAUGCAUCUGUGUAUAGUACGCGGACAGGUGCGCAUCCGAAUACGCGAAACGUAAGCGUCGAGGAGUGCCUCGUGUCGCGAUACCCGGAGACGUGCUGACAAAAUCGACGUGUCCCCGAUGGGUACCGGCCGUUUUCGAAACGUUAGCGGCGUGUCGUAUUUCGGGUUCUGAGAGGGGAGGCCGCGAGUUUUGACCGGCCCGUAAUCAAAAUCCGCUGGCCAACUCAGUCAUCGCGAUUACAUUUUUUUUUUUUUUUUUAUCAUCUACCAACACUCUUCUUACACAAUUGUAUGCUUACACCGUCGUAAAAAACCCAUUUUUUUUUUUUUUUUUGUUCCGAGGGACAACAAUGACUAAACAAUAAACACGUAUGUGCAGAGUGAUACUGUAUGAAGACUCGUUUGAGGGGAAUUUUACCGCGAUCCAUGUCCUGGUUUCGCUAAUAUGUACGUGCAGUGUGAACGUAUCGUCGUAAAAUCAUAAAACCUAACGGCACGAAUCGUGUUUUCGGGCCAAAAACCAGCCCGGCCCCGGCCCGAUAGCGGCACGCCCGUGAUAAGGGAGAGGGCGAACGCCUCCACUGCGGUGCUCCUACGAAUGACGCCGCCGGUCCGCGUCGUUCGGCCGUGACGACCAAAGACAAUAUUGUCAUUGUCAUGCUUACGUCCAAAUAACAAUGAUAACGAUGCGGUGUGUAUUUCGCAUUGCGCGCCGCACGAGCGCAAUGAACGCGCGCGCGCCGGUCCCCGGUCUUUCGUGACCGCCGCCGUCGGUCGGCCGUCGUGAAAGUAGCGCACGAGUCCGUCCCACGUUAUAAUUUUGCGCGCAUUCCGGUGGAUAUCAUACGCGUACAGUUUGUGCAUUGCGUUACAUUACAGUACUGCGGCCGGCGGCCGGAAUCGGGCGGGAAAAACGAAAAAAUUGAAAAACAGGCCGAUGUUGUUGUGUGGGUGUGCCGCCAUUGUUUUUAGCCCGAGAAAUCGGUCUGGGGAAGAACAUUACAAUGUAGACGUGUUACGUGCAGAACGGUUCGACAGUCUGUCCGCGAAACCGUGGCUAACGAAAAACGAUUCUGAACAGAGCACGGCUGUUCCGGCGGCGUGUUCCCCGGACGCCAAUAACGAGCCUAACCCGGAAAUCGAAAAUCUCAAGGAAAAAAAAAAAAUGCCACUUUUAAAUGUACGCGGUAAUGCGAGAAGAGCAUAUUCCCGGGGCGCCAAGGAUAUUCCCGCAUUAAAAAAUGAUUUUACCCAUUCGUGUGUCAUAAGUUAUUUGCAAUCCAGACGCCUACAAUGAGUGUUUCCAAUGCUAUAAGAGAAAAAACGCAUUUACGCGCUUCUUAAUAGUUAACGCGUGCGUUAUACUGUGACGUUUUUAUGUUGACCAACGCGCAGACGGCAUUGUAUAUGUCGGCGUUCCGCGGGACGGUCACGCUGGUCAAAAAGUGUUCACGAAUGUCGGUGUAUGCAUGUGGCCUUUGCGGUCAUGAAGCCAGCGGCAAAAACCCUUAGAAGAAAAAAAAAAGAAAUGUAAUGUGCUCUAUUUCACACGAUAAAUCGACGAGAAACGCGGGGUGAAAAGAAAAUCGUAAUUAUGAAAAACUAGCGAGUACCGCGAGCUGCGUAAUGUCGUGUCAUCACACUGAAAAAAAAAAAUAGACCGGCGUACUAUUACACGGUAUUGCCUGAUACUUGUUUGCCCGGGGAGUUUUAAACUGUUCCGGGGCCGUUGCGCGGGCGAAAAAUGCCGACCCCGCGUAAACAAUUCGCCAUCGAAAAAGACGCGCGAAAAACAACGCGAUCAAUUCCGGUAGAAAAGUAUUGUCAACGGGCAGAACGGGGUGGGAGAGGGGUAAAUAAAAAUGUUAAAAACGGAGAAAAACACGCGCGCGCGUCUUUGUGAAACCGAUACGUUCCUCGGCGCGCGCGUUCGGAACGGUCCACAACUACGUCUCUGCACCCGUGUCGAAAACAAUAAUAAAAAAAAAAAAAACCUAAAAACCCGAUAACCUCGCGUGCUCGUCGAUAACGAUCGUCGUCGUCUUACACACGCCCGCGCCUUCUUGUAUUUUAUGCGACUGCCACGGUAACGGCUAUACGGUACGCGGGUUGUAACGUUGUUGUUAUCGUUAUUAUUGUUAUCAUACGUACGAAACCGAAAUCGUACCUUUUCACGCGCGCUAACUCUGACGAUAAAUCGUCCCGCCAUCCGUAAGCGUUCGCGGUGUAGUACGUCCGAAGACGGCGAAGACGACGGGCUUAUUUAUUCCGUUCGGCGAACCGUACGAGAAUUUGUCGCGCAACGGUUUUUUCGUUGUCUUCCCGCCGCGUCGCCGUAGCCGUCGCGUAAUACGCGUUCCGACCCGUUCGCGAACCGUGUAUAACACCGCCCGCGUUGCACGCGCGUGCGCGUAACACAUACUCGCGCGGAUUAUUUAUUUAUUUAUCCGACAGAUAUAUGCGUACACGCGUACGUACGAGUGUACAAAUCGUUUGUACAGCGCAUACAUUUAUGUGCGUAAUGCGACGUGUACACGACGUGUUCGCGUGUACGGGGCGAUUCGCCGGGCGCGCCCUCCGCGUUUUGCGCGCAAUCGAAUUCUGGUUUUUGGAAUUUUCAACGGGUUACGUACGGGUAACUUCUGGUUAACGCCGACAUUUUCGAACGCUCGCGUUUUUUUCACGACGCGUACAAUGCGUAUCCCUUGGCGACGCCCGCGUUAAAAAAUACCCAUUUGAAUUGAUGGCGUAUCACUUUAAAUACAUUUCGGUGUUAAAAUUUUCGAUUUUCGUCCACCCUUCGACGAGAUAUUCCAUUUUAUGGUUAAGGUGGGGGGUAGAGCGUUUAGCGGAGCGCUAAUAAAACGCCGCUCGCCGUGCAUCCACUACUCUACCCCAGCUUAACUAAAAAGUGCGAUGACGCCGAGGUGUGCUUAUUAAAGUAACACUCCGUCUAAUUGCGGAAUUUCGAAUACAGGUUCUCAUUUGAAAAAUCUAAUGUCGGUAUAGGAUACUCCUUAGAAAUGUUGUGAAAAAUCCACUUGAAUUCGGAACUAUCGGCUUUAACUACACUUGAAAAAUUAUUAAGAUCAAAAUGUUAAAUGUAUGCGAAAUUUAACCGAAAAAAAAAAAAAAACGGGGUGAGCGCGCUUAGUGAAUCAUCCUGUAUGCACGCGGGAAAUUGCGAAUCCGAUGUGCUUGAAAACCCUUUGAAAAAUAAAUUUAAAAUCUCGAAAAAAAUGCGUUCAAAGUUCAAAAAACAAAAAGCGAGCGAGCCGGGUAAAUGUAAUUACCGACGGGCGUCCCGUUGUUUUAGGAGUAAAGUCGGAAGGUGUAAUUCGAUUUGUGUGGAACAAUAAAAGACACUUUAAGCGCGCCAACUAUAGAUCGAUACAAGGUAUGGUAAGGCAAGGUAGGUACAUACUACAUGCAAUUUCCUAUGAAGUUUUCGAUUGGCGCAACAUAUCUGAUAGACGAGUCGUUUUACAGAUACAAAAAAAAAAAAAAAAAAAAACAAAUGAAAAAAACACACCAUAGGUAAUAGAAUCGAUGCCAAUCGUCUGUUCGCUCUGAAUCUAAAAUGCGAUAUUUUUAAAAAACCAAACUAUUCCCAAUAAACCGUUAUUGAAAAGUAUGUGUUCAAUAUGGACAAAUCGUAUUAAUAAAUAUUAUCGUUUACGAAUAAAAAAAAAAAAAACACGCUUCUCUUCCCCUUCCCCGGCUAUUUUCUUAUGCCUCGCCCGCAAACUGUGAAAUAUAUUAAAUAAAAAAAAAUAUGAACUAAAACGGAAAAGGCGUGGCGUAGAAAAAUCGAAAAUGUCAAAAUGUUGCGCAAUAAAAGUUUCUGAAAACCCGAGUUCGUGUACUGGCUGUGUUAUACCUUUUAUUUCGCAGCCCCAAGCAUCAGCUUGCUGCAGCGGAUAUAUAAAUUCCAUUUACAAAUUACAAUGUGUUUUUUUUUUCUUACAGUAAAGUCGGCUUAAAUCGAGCUGUGUACGAAUGGUUUUUGUUUUUUUUUUUUUCAGUAAGUUAUUUCUAUGGCACUUUCUAGACGUCGGGACGGAUUCCUCGAGCAUAGCGCGAGCUCCUUUUUCGCUCCAAAGGUUGCGACAGAAUAUAUUAGAAUUAUUAAUAGAGCUUAAUGGAAAUUGCGACAUUAAAGCGUUCGCACGCGGAUCUUGUGUAAGGGGGUGGUUUCUUUUUCUUUUUUCCGUACGGCGAGAUUUGUACGGCCGGCAAUUCGUAUUCCGAACGACCGUGUUGGUUUUUACCCCACCCCGUUUUCGCGAUCCGUGACCGUAUUACAGUCGCGGGGAUUGCCGGGUACUUACUCAUACAAUACGUCAUCCGCUCUAAACGAAUGGUUUCAUUCGACGCGUAGUCCGUCAUUUUUCGCGCGUCCCGCGUCCGCGCCGAUAAUUCCUGCUGCCCGUCUCCCGUCGUCCCCAGGAAUGGGCAAAUCGAACAGUCCGCCAUAAACGUUAAAAUAAAUAUACUUCCGUCCGGAGGGGAAAAAAACCCCCCCGUGCGAAUGUUUGCGUACGCACGUUAUACGUACAGACCGGAAAGCACUUUGCCGGUACCUAUCGUUUUGUUUUGUUUUUUUUUUUAUCCGAAUUUUCGACGACUUGCCGCGAGUGUAUCGGAAAAUGAAAAAAAAAAAAAAUCCCCGCCAGGUUAAUGUCCGCCUCGGUAAAACUCCCAACUCCCGUCCGCGUAUAAUAAAAUACGUUCGGGGGAACGCCGAGUCGAUUUUUUUUUUUUUUUUUUGAAUAAUUUAUCGCCGUGUAUCGCGCAGUGCCGCGUGUCGUCGACCAACCGCGACUUUGGCCAACACAAAUCGGAUCGCGCAGCCAUUUCCUCGCUACAACGUUCUACAGUUCUACAGCUAUAUACUCGUAUUAUAUUUGUGUGUGUGUUUUUUUUUUUUGUCGUUUUUUUUUUCAAUUCCCGAACACGCUAAAAAUCAAUCGUUUUCGACGUCUCGUCUCGACUUCCGAGACGAUGUUUUUGGUAACGGUUAGGUUUUUUGUCGCCCGUGUGAUACGCGCGAGGCUCACACUCGCCGCCGAGACGUUUCCUCCGCUGCCCCUGCCCCUACACCUACCCCCCACCCCCNCCCCCCCCCCCCCCCCCCCCCCCACACACACACACCUCCACCUUUCCCGCCGAGUAAAUGUCCCGUCCGCAGCGGGCCGCGCGCGUUUCGCGACGCGAAAUUAUUCGGCUUAUCGAGUUCAUGAUAUUAUAAUAUUUAUGCGUGUGCGUGUACCGCGCUGCACUACAGUGUACACAGCGUAAAUUGAAAACGUGGCGAAUCGAAAUUCGAUUAGGAAAUUUUUCGUGUUUGGCGGCACGCAGAGUGAAUGUUUUACCGAAUAAAUUUAGACGCACAUACAUGAAAUCACCAUACGACAUAUGAAAUAUUCCGUGUUUUCGGGUGUUUCGUGUACGAUUACGACGAUAAAAAAAAUAUUAUGGUGUUCGCGUGCUGAUAUAACUGAACACGGUACGAUAUUAUUAAGUACCUAUACGUAUGUACCUAAUAUUUUAGUUGUUAUUUUUCGGAAAACCAAAAAAAAAAAAAAAAUUUAAAUAAAAGUCGAUAAGCCUCGUAUAGUCGGGAAGGGUAACGCAACCGUGCAGGGUGAAUUAGUCUGACUGUAUGCGCAACGAUAAUUUAUUGCGUGCAAAAAACGAUUCUGAACGGGAUAGUAUUAGUGUAUAGUGGAUACCGAUGAUGUAUCGAUAUUUCGCGAUUAGUUUUUUAAAUUUAAUAGAAAUAUAGAAUUCGGUCAUUUUUUUUAAAAAUAAAGUACUACCCGGCGAAAAAUCCGCGUCUUUUAUGGUGCGAUUCGAACCAUUCCGGCGUCUUCUUACUAACCGAAAGAGCUAAACAAAAUUAAAAAAGCUUCAUUAUCGUUAUACCCAGUAUGAAAAUGUAGUUUGUUAAACAUAUUAUUGUCUGCAGCAGUUUAAUAGAUUAAAUUGCGACCUGUUCGUUAAUUUUACCGAAAACUUUUUCGCCGCUAAUUUCGUUCCGACCGUAAGAUGGAUAUGAAUAACUACCGAUUUCAGAAAAAAAAAAACCGUUUAAAAUGGCAGAAAAUCGGCGUACAGAGCGCACAAAUAUUAAAUUUUCGAACUUUCGAAAUUUCGGUUCUUCUAUAAGAGGACGGCACUUUAAAAAAAAAAAAAUAAUAAUAAUAAUAAUGUUCGUCGAAAAUAAUAAUAAUGUGUAAAUAAUUAUGUAUAAAUAUGUAUGCAUAGUUUGAAUGCAUUGAAAACGUAUACACAAAUAUUAUUAUUAAUACCCAGUUGAAUAUUUUAAUUUUUUAUUGACCUAUCAGAUAACUGGUUUUUUUUUUUUUUUAUAUAAUCAUUACGAUUUUGUUAUUACUUUCCCACGUGUUCACCAUAAAACUCGGCUAUAUUUAGUAGCGCUAGUUUAAAGUUUAAACGGUAAUGCGUGAGCAACUGGUUUAGGAAUUUAUUUUAUUUUUUUUUUUUUCUUGUGAGUAAAAUUACAUUGAAAUAACGUUUAAACAGUAACGCAUUCGGGCGCGGUAUCUCUGUAAACAGAGGUUUGAAAUGAUUUAUAUUGUUUUUGUAUUUAUUUGCGAUUGCGGAUGACGUAUUGAGGAUAUAAAUACACGUAUAGAAAUAAGAAUCUCCUAAGAAUAUAUAUAUUGGUAUAAAUUCUUUGUCGAAUUCAGAGAAUUUCUCUGGGAAAGACAUUUUUUUCAUUGGUUAUUUGGAUGUAAAUUGGUACUGUACCUACAUUUUAUUGACAGUUAUUGUAUUUUUCAGUGGGAGAGGGCGAAUGAAAUUUUAGAGGGAGCAUAUUCGCCCUCUCUGAAGUGUACCUGGAUUCAACACUGGGUAAAUCCAGUUUUGUUUUUCUAUUCCCCCCCCCCCGGGGUUUGACCUCUAGGACCAUCCCGUCUUACAGCCAAUUCUCCAGUUAUCCAUUUCCGGAAUCGACUAGUUCGGUUCGCCUCUUGAAGUUCGCGCGUCCUUUUUAACUAUAAUCGUUAUACUAGUGUAACGUAUAACAGUUGUAUCGUUAACUAUUGUCGGAUUCUGGUUUCGGCUUUUUCAAACUUUUUCGGUAUCUAAUAAAACGUUAUUGUCCCCGCAUACAUGGUUUCUAGCUCUCUGUUUUUCUUUCGUCUAUAUACCGCAGUCCACGGGUCAUUGAGUCAUGUCAACUGUCCUUUAUUGGUUCAACGAUUUUCCGCCGUAUUUUCUUUUCGAGUAUUACCGGGAAUCGCAAUUUCUAUCGCAAGACAUUUUUUAAUCAUUCGAACGCAAAUAUUAUUAUUUGUCUUCGUCUACACAUACAAAACAAUAUUGGGCGCGUAUAGAAGAACCUCUCAGUAAACAAGUUAAAUAAAUAAAUACCAAUAAUAAUACUUGUCCGUCCCGUUUUGAUAUUUUCACUUUUCACCCGUCAAAUACAUUCUUUCGAGCGUAAUGCGUUUUCUUUUUAUUUUCCUCUAUUUGUAGUCUUGUUCUAUUUUUUAGAUACUCUUUGACGGCCGUGUCGUUUUUGGGGGGUGGGUUGAAGGGGACUGUAUACGCGGAGCUGUGUCUCGUUAAAUUCAAUGUCAUCGCGACGACGGCAACAGAUAUCAGGUAUUAUCGUUAUUAUUACAUUGUUGUUUGUAAUGUUAUUAAAUGAUAAUCUAUAUUAUAACAAUCGCGCCAUACCUUUUAACAGGGUCGGGCACCUGCGGAUCGUCUGUUGUUUAGCGUUACGGUUAUCUAAAUAAACAACCGUGCAUCGCCCAUACUGCGAGCAUAACGGGAAACGCGGAUGCACUACCUAUCGUUUUCAAAACGUCUACUGCCGACAAAUUACGAUAUCAUAAUUGCUAAAGAUUAAUAAUUAUUAGGAAAAAAGCCGGACUUGUGUUUGGCGAGCCGCGGGUACUGCGCCACCCACUGCCGUGUAGAAAUUCGUGGGUGGGAAGUCGGGAAGGGUUUUUCGAUUGUGGCGAUAUUUCCGGUAUGAAAAAUUGUUCGCGAACAAAACAAUAAUACUUUUUUUUUUUUUUUUUUGUUUUUUUUCAAAAAACCUCACCUCAAAGUAAAAUCAAUAAAUUUCUCGCCGCCCACAUCGGUAUCUUAAACGAUAUUAAUAUGCGCGGGUAUGCGUGCAGUAUGAAAUCGAUAAUAUUUCGAAAGUAUAUAAAUAUAUAUACGUAAUGAAAAGUCGCCCGCAGUUUGACGACAAAACGCACGUUAUUAUUAUUGUUUGUUAAAUUACACAUAUUAUGCGAGUAAUUACAUAUUAAAUUAUACGGGGAAAAAAAAGUAUUUAAAAUACAAUUCAACUGCACUUAUCUAUGUACACACAUGCACAUAAUACAUAAUAUCCGACAUUGUUGUUGCGGCCGUAAAUUUAAAUUAUUAUUAUUAUAUUCCGUCGACGAAUAAAAACAAUUUAAUCGUGUACGUAUAUAAUUAUAUUAUACUUGCGGAAUAAUAUUAACGCGACUGGCGAAUCGCUUAUUAUUACUUAUUUUCGACAUGAAAAUUACGAGUAAAUAAGUAUGACGUGCGUUUUACGGAAUUUUUUUUUUUUCUGUACUCCUCUACUUUACGAAUUCCAUUCAAACCGGUGGGGGGAGGUGGGUCGGAUGUUAAUCAUACGAUUUUUCUGACUAAAGAGUAAAAUAAUUCGAAUUUAAAAAAAAAAAAAAAAUAAUAAUAAUAAUAACUAGUAUAAUAGUCGUAGAAAUAUGCAUAUAAAAGAUUUACUGAAAAGGGUCAAGGAGAAGAAAUAAAUCUCCCUAACCCCUCCCCACUUCCUCUUAAUACGCGCAAACGCUUAUAAUAUAAUUGCCGCAGUAGACUACGCCAUCUCGCACUUACAAAUAAUCGAGAGUAUUCAAUUAAAAACCUUUUCCGAAAUUUCAGUCCGGCUACGGCCUUGUAAUUAAGUAUAUAGUAUUAUUAUUGAAAUUUAUAGUUCUUCCCCCCCCCCCUCGAAUUUGUCUGAUCGCUUUCGAAGAUAUACAAACAUAAAAUCGAACGACCUAUUUGGAAAUUAUAUAAAUCAAUUUGUAAUUAAUUUGCAAAAUAUUGGCCCACUCUUCGAAACGAUCGGACAGCGUCGGGGGGCCAACUUCGCGGACAACGCAUCGUCGAGCUAUACAGGCGAUCGUGCGGUACGGUAAAUUAAAAUUUGUUUGAAUUAUUUUUAUUAUUAUUAUUAUUAUUAUUACUUUUUUUUUUUCAUUUUAAUUUUGAUAGACGCGCAAAGUGUGCCGCAACACUGCGAAAUCGUGGCAUAUAUCGUCGUAGGUACGUAUACCGUAUAUAUUAGCACAAUAAAUUUACACGCGAUUACUACACCGGUUUCAAUUAUUUUCCCCUUGGGUUCAGCUGUAUAUCCGUAGAUACGUAUUCAUGUUGUGUAUACUUAUAUACCGUGUACACGUCGUAGGUGUAUGUAAGUACAAUAAUUACCGUUCGCGUAAAACACUUCCUAACCGGCCGAAUAACGUAAAAAUAGAAUGAUUACACACCGCAAUUUAUUCUACACUCUACGUGUAAUUAUUAUUAUCGUAUCAUAAUGAAACGUUUGAACCCAAGACCGUUUUGUGUCUCGCGGAUAUUUGUCGCGGUGUAAAUGCAUAAAUUGACCGGCCGCGCAGAUUAUACGCGACCGGACAACACUGUCGGGUCGUAUACGAAAGGUACUUACAGUUCGCAAUUAAAAAAAAAAAUAAUAAAUAAAUAAACAAACAAACCCAACGAACAAAACUACGAUUAUGCGAUAAUGUUAAGUCGUGCAUUUAUUAUUCCCGCGGGAUUAAAAACAUUUUUCGUACCUUUUUCCUGGGUUUUUUUUUUUUUUUUUUUGUACACACCGGGGAAUAUCGCGUGCUCGCGUCGUCCUCGUUGGCAUAACACUCAAAACGAAAUAUCUCAAACACGACCGCUUCAAUAAAUCCUGCAGUGUCCCGAGUGAUAAUCUAAAACUCGAUCGUUGAAAACCCGUAGCGGGUAGAAAUAAAUUACACACCCCACUUGGGAGGGGGAAUGCUAGGGGAUCUUAUAAGCUACCCCGAGUUUAAAAAAAACCCCGAUAGGCUUUUUCGUCAUAACGGCUAAAUAUUUGCUCCGUGUAUUUCAUGAAAUUAACGAGCAAAACAAAAUACAGAUUUCCUGCAGACAAUGUGUAGUGUAACGAAUUCGUACACGCGCAAUUGUAAAAUGAAACGUGUAGUUGCUUACACUGUAAGAGUCGCGUAAAGAGGGCUGUGGGGAAAUGGCCCCCCGCGGGUGUUCGAUGCGUCCGUAAUAUUUUAGCACCCCCAAAGUCGGCGGUCUAGUUGAGCGUAUGGGUGCAGGAAGGGCAAUGCCACGUCGUGGGUAGGUCGCGGAUUUUGAAGUGUAGAAAAGUGCGGCAAUACGCGCGUACGGUAUGAUACGAAAUUAUCACGGACGGCAAAAUAUCGUAAUAUCCCGUGUGUGGUUUUUCCCCGAGUCCGACUCUCGGAAAGCCGCCGGUUUUUCGGAUUCCUCGUCAAAUAAGGGUCGUUUCUUUGACGAGCGAGUUCUCCGGCACGAACCGGCGAAGCGGUCCCGCGACGAAGGAAUGCGGCGAUACAAUAGGAAUGUUCCGCACGUUCGACGGUUCGUUUUCCUUACGUACGUACGUACGUAUGCGGGUAGGGCGAUGUGGAUGCGGGUAGGGCGGGCAAUCUACCGCGUUCCGUCUGACGACGGGCCGUCCGCACUGUUCGGGACCGACCCGAUUUCGGUCACUCUUCCGAAUAUUAUUGUUCGAUCGAUUCGGUCGUACGGCGGUGGCCGGUCGGGACAUCGCGACGAAGUAGUGUGGUAAAAAAAAAAACGCGCGCGCGCAAACCGCGUACGGUUAUUAAUUGCCGUUCCGAUGCGAACUAAUCGACAUUUAAUAACCGUCGGACUCUGUUCGUUCCGCACGCAACACGCGCGGUAUCGUCGAAAUACGACGAUGAACCAUAACCGCCCGCGGCGGGUAUUAGAAUUAUCAUCGUUACUGUUUAUAAUAGCGGCGAGCGGACGCCCGUCAGCAAUUCCGUUUCGCGGAACUUCGGAGCGAAUCCUACGCCGCCGGUGCCGCGGCGGGCCGCGUCUCGGAACCGUUCCGCUAACCAAUACGACCGCGGACGUCGGACACGCGCACGCGGACGUGUCCGUAAAACGACACGGCCGGUACGUGCCGCAGUCGCCGCUAAUAACGCCGCGCGCUAACGACGGCGAUUAUCGUUUCCUUUGUCUGCGCGGGCAAGAACGUUCGGCAGUCGGCGAGAGAAACGCGUUGACGUAACGCGGCGCGGGGAUUCGUAUUUUAUUUUCAUUCGCUUCUUGCUGCACAGACGCCGAAUCCGUAUUGAUGAACGUCCACCAAAAAGCACUUGAAAACGUCAAAAAAGCCUCGGGAAAAAUACGCAAAACGCAAACAUAAUAUAGAGGUUUCAAAAGUCCCCGCCCCCGUACCUAACGGAUUUAAUUAAUGACAACAGUUUUCUAACGCCACAAAAAUUAUUGAUAAAAAAUAACGAUUUUAUUUGAAAGAAAUUAUCUCGUGUUCGUCAUGUUUGUGGUGUUUAGGAAAUUGAAUUUUAUUAUAAGUCGGACCCAUUGGAGGGAGACUUUUAAAUCUCUCUGUUUUUUUUACUAUUUGAAAUGAUUUUCAGGGCAUUUCGGACGUUUUCAAGCGUUUUUUUUGUGAAUUAUAAGUGAAUAUAAAUCCGGUCUCUACCUAUGACUACACAAUACCGGGCUGUUGGGGCCGAUAUUCAGAGGUAGGUAACGGUUUAUAUUGUGAAAUAUUGAGGACGGGUACUGGUUGGCGAUCCGCAUCAAUUUUUUGAUAGGCCCCGUGGCGUGCGCAGGUCGGUGACGAAGGAAAGAACUUACGAGUCGAUAGUACUAUCGGUUAGUGGGCUUAAUAUCCAUCCACGGCGUUAAUAAGUAUUUCACGGGUUAAUCAAUACGAUUUUUGGCCUCUAAGCAAAAAGUUUAACUGACGUAUUAUACGUAAACAUGCAAUCGGGCACAUCUAAUCGCUAUAAUAGUUGUUGUAGACACGUAUAAUCUUUCGUUUAUUCGAGGCUUUUACUCGUAUUUAACACUAACAUAGUCACGGAUUUUCAUCAUUUCGUACGAUAUCCGUCGAAAAUAAAAUUUAACGUGUAAAAUAAAUCGUUCUUCUGAUUCGUCUACCGUAUGAAAAGUGAAAACACACUCACACACGUGUUCAUUGUUCUUUGUAAAGAAAUAUGUAAAAAAAAAAAAAAAAGGUAACAAACCGUAUACCGUAUAUAUUCUAUAUAGAAUGCGCGGGUAACAUAAUAGGACGCGCCUACGAGUAGUUGAAUCCGGAAUGACGAUUUAUUAUUAUUCAUCGUAUUUAUUAUAUUCUACCCGAAGAAAGUUUUCGGGGGGAGGGGAGGAAUUUUGACACUUCGUCGACGACGGCCGUACACCUAUCUAUAUAUUAUAAUAACGUGAUGAUAUUAUCAUGAUAAUGCACGCGCGGCUUAUGUACCUUGGAAAUUUGUCGGGGCAGGAAAAAAAAAACCAUAACUUCUAUCCGAAAACGAUGCGCGAAACGUUCUAUAAAUAAUAUUUGAUUUAUCGGAACGUGCCCCGCGAAAUACCGUUAUUAUUCACGGGGAACGUAAAAAAUAAAUAUCGCGCACGUUAUAAUAAUAAUAAUAGUAUAAAACAUAUUAUAUGCGCGCAAUACGUCGUAAUAAUACUGCAUAAUGUCGCGGGGUAUAAUAUUGAAAAACGAUAAAUAACGAUUUCGUUCGGUUCAAAACACGUAAACGCGUAUAGUAAACGACGGCUAUGCCGUGUAUACCUUGGGUAUAUGGUUGACCUACGGUACAUAAAAAAUGCAAAAAUAUAAUUUAACGUAAAACGAUAGUGAUUGUUUGUUAGUGUUGUCCGUCCUCACAAUAUUGAACGGAUGGCACAACGGGUUUUACGUACCCGUUUCCGCAAAAACUCAAAGACGAAUAUAUUUAAUCGAUUGUCCAGACUAUCACAUUUAUUAAAAAGAUUAUAUAGGUAUCCGGAGAGAGCGUAAUAAUUCGAAAUCCUUUUAUUGUUAUAAAGUCGGCGAGUACAACCCGAGAUGAUGUCCAAAGUAACAAAAAAAUAACAAUAAUAAAAAGGUUAUUAGUAAAUCGAGGUGGUCCGAGAGGCCUACCAAAAGUUCUCUGCAAUGAUCCGCAAUGUCAAAAAAGUAUUUUAUAAUAUACGAACGGAAAUUUCGGGAUUGUCGGGAUUCGGUGAACCCUGCCCCCAUCCAACCCAAAGAGAUCUAGAAUCCGGGCCUCUUUUUUUCUUUCUUUUUUUUUUUUUUGUACUGUCCGUGUAGUCAGAACAUUAGCGUCGUAUCGGACGUGACAGUCGUAGACGAGUAUAAUUUAAAUAAAAUAAAAUUUCUAUUUCGCGUCCUACUACGUAGUAUGUGCAGAUAUAAUAGUUAUCUAUAAUAUCAUUACGACCAUCAUAAACCUCAAACCAAUUUUUCGUACAAUUCCUGUUAUGGCGCGGCGAUUGUAUUGAAGAUUUCAAGACACACGGCUCUUUCUCGCCGGAAAAUUAUCUCAUCCCCCUCUCUGCACCCGUGCCGAAUUUCUAAACACGCCACUGAAACGUUUCUAUAUCAAGUCGUUUUUUCCCGUGCGAAACCGAGAGCACUCGAAAAUCGACACAGACAAAAAAAAAUGCAAAAGGUCCAAACUACGAGUGUAAACUUCCCAAGUACACUAUAAAGGGCACGGCAAAAUGUGCUUUAGAUAUUAUAUGGUAUAGACGAUUUUUCUGUUAUUACGCGUUUCAAACGUAAUUUAAUUCCGUUUAAUACAUUUAAAAGUUCAACAUUUAACUGAAUCCGAACUUUUUACCUUGUAAAAAAAAACCCCCGUUUCGAAAUUAAAAACGUUUUAUUUCUGGGAUUGAAAAAAAAAAAGUGGCCUCUUAUUUUUUUCCUGUACUCUUCGUACCUACCGUUAUGAUAUUUAAUUUGAAAUUAUUUUCAACGUUUUAUAAACGAAACUUCUAACCGUUGCUGUGUCGGAAUGUAAUAUCAUAAUUCGUUCGCAGUGUUUGUAGUGGAAAUCAUUAUGUUGGAACAUCAUGACGUUAAAGUGGCGCCCGAACGUUAUUAUUAUUGAUGAUCGUGUAUAUAAAUAUAGCGGGAGUGGAGUGAGGGGAGGAGCAGAAGCCAAUAAUUUUAUAUUCUGGCAUGCGUAUGUUUAUGAAUAAAAAUCGUAUUUUACACCGUCUGCCAGCAGUUGAACGAGAACGCGAUAAUAUUAUUAUUAUUAUUAUUUUGUAAAUAUUUAAAAACGAUUUAAUAUCGUUAACGACGACCGCGACUAUCCGACGGCGGUGGUCGCAAUAUUCGUGGCGGUUUAUUAUUUAUAAAACUAAACUGUUUUUUUUUUUUUUUUUAAUUUAUUUUAUUUUAGCAGGCGAUGUCGGCCUAUUUUUUUAUUUUUAUUUUUCUAUAAAGUGCAAUGAAAUGUGGUAAAAAGAAUUAAAUUGGCGUGCCGUAUAUUCUACAGAAUAUAUAGCUACAGUAUAUUAUAGAAAAUGUAUAUAGGAUAGGACAACGGACCCAUAAAAAUAAUAACCGCGGUGCGCGUGUCAAGGUGAUGCUGAUGCGGGAUUUGUUUCGAAAAAACGAAAUACACGAUAAUAUCAUUAUGUGUAUGUAAGAAAAAAAAUAAUAAUAAUAGAAUUCGAGAACCUAAAACAUAAUAUAAUGAUAAUAAUGGCCGCGGUGCUUUGGCCCUUUCGAAAAAAAAAAGAGAGAUUUGUAUUUCUAUAUACCUGCAGCCUUGUUAAAAUCGCUAUAUACCUACUGGCGAACACGAUUCCUAAUAAUUGGAUUAUUUGCAGUAAUUUAGACGUCGGCAUGAGUAACCCGAUAUAGUUGGGUACCCGAUUACCGUAUACUGCAGAACGUAAAGCCGGCCAGUCAAAAUAAUAUGUCAAGACCGUUAACGUCAUAUCAUAUUAUUAAUAUGCUAUGGACAACGAUGUGAAAAAAAAGAUACAUUUAUUUCGUAUACGUUUCAACACACGGAACUAAGACCGAUUAGGCAAAUAUAGUUAUGGAUUUUCUAAACUAAAUUAAGAAAAAUUAAUUCGAUAUUAAAAGUUAGUUAAUUUUAAAAAUUUAGUUUAAUUCGCCGUUAUGUUUACUCGUGAAGUAAAAAAGAUAAUAUUCCAGAUAAGGUGGUUGGUUCCAAUCCGUUCCGCAAAUCAAACAUAUUUCUCGAUUCGUUACGAGUGUGUAGAUUUUCAAAUAGUUUUUACGGUAAAAUAGGCAUUUUUUUUUUUUUUCUUGGAAUUUACAACAAAUUUUUUUUGUGCGUUUUUAGAGACGUUUAGGUGUCAACUCGAAACACAUUUCAUGAGAUACGUGUCUGACGUUACACAAAACUGUUCCGAAACGAUCGGGUUCAUCGUAAAUUAAUAUACGACAUUAUUAUUAUAAUGAUGCUCAUGGGACGUGUACCAAGGCCCAUCAUAAUACAAUAUGUACCUAGCACAAUGGUGUAGUACACAGACCUACGCGCCAGCGUCUGCAGUUUUAUUAAUAUUGUUAAAAAACGAAUAUACGUAGGCGGGAUAUGUAUAUGCUUGAUGAAAUUAGUAUGUAAAUUGCAUUUCCAAACAACAGCUGCAAUAAACGAAUAACGACAAACAAUAAUAAUAUUAAAAUAUUAGUUUGCAAAAAAAAGUUUGCAAUUUUAAAUAUAUUUUUAUACGAUUAUCAGCUAUUAUUGGCUAUUAUGUAAGUGUAUACUGUACAGUAAUUUGUUAUAACAUUUGUUUUUUUCUGUUUUGUUAAUUAAUUAAUAAUUAACUUCUAUUGUAAAUUAUAAAUUGAUAAGAACUGCGCUUCCAGCACAAGCACAUGGCGAAUAGAGAGUGCCGCGGUAUUAAAAAAAAAAAAAAAUUGUCAAAUUAUGCGUAGAUUAUUUUAUUGUUGCAAUAAAGUUAUUAUUGUUAUUAAAUUGAAUUGUUGUAUUUUUCGUACCAAUAACAAAUAAACACGCGAUAUGAAAUAAUACUCGUUGUAAUAGUAUAUGCACUAUAUAUAUAUAUAUAUGUAUUAUUUAAAUUCGCUAUUGUUUAUCGAAUACUCAAACGGCGGUUCAUUUAAGGGGAAAUGGGAUGAACUCAUACAUUUACCUCAUUUGGACAUGAUGUUUUAUGUACGUGUAUUUUUUAAGCCUGUAUAAUAUGACGACCUAUUAUUUCGGUUGGCAAACGCAAUAAAAGUCGAAUAACCGGUUUACUGUACAAAUCGCUAUAAAUGCAGAAAGGAAACACGUGUUCAAAUUUCAAAAGAAAGACAAUAUACCUCCUUAAACGCCUAGAAUUGUAUGAUAUUUCACAAAACGACUGUGGAAACUUAUCUUCAGAUAUCCGAGGAGUUUUUGCCGGGUUUCCUAGACUCGUUAUGCAUGGUAACAAGUGCAUCAUGUAAAAACAUUCAGUGUCUUCGUUAUUCGCCACAUUCCCGUGAAUUGUCCGUAAAUUUGACACGAUGAUCAAAACCAAUUUCAUACCCGCGACGCGAUAACCAUUUUCCGUUUACCUAUCAGAGAUUCUUAUUCCCGAGGAAGAACAGCCACUUCAUUAGCGUUGAAACUCAAUUCCGUUUGUGAAAAGUAGGUAACGACUAUUCGUGUUAAUUGACGAGUAUUUGCUUAUACCCUAGAAAAUUCGCAUUCAGCAGGGUCGACAAUGUUCCGUUAGUUUUAAUAUCAGAGUGUUGCCGAACUUAAAGAUAAGAUCAUAAUUUAUGCAACGUCGUUUAUAUCUGCGAUAUUAAAACUUACAGCAUCUAAUGGUAUUGACCAUGUUAAGAAUAAAGAUUCUUAACAGGUAAUUUGUUUUUAAAUUUUUUCAGAAAUAGUAAGUUUUCUCGUAUUUCUUAGAAAAUUUUAAAAUUUGAACAUGUUCUUUUUCUGCGUUUCUCGAUUCUUAUACGUCAUGCCUAUCUAUUCUCAACGUUUUCGUAUUUAAAUCUUGAAAACGUAACAAUAAUAAUAAUAUUAUUAUUAUUAUUUUAAUGACAUUAUAAUGCGCGUUGCGAUUUUUCGCGACAUCGACGAGAACUGCAUAAAGUAUCAAGGGGUUUGUCGCGUUACAGAAUUCAAUACCUAUACACAACAAACCGAUUUCGCUAUUAUAUUGUGAUAAUAAUGGAAAAUAUGCGCGCAGUGAUAUUUCAUGAAAAUCACGUUCGACUUUCUUUCGCAACCCACAGUGUAGUUGACCCACAGUAAAUACUCGUCUACUAUAAAAAAAAAAACCGUAUUAAUCGCGCGGGUCCGUUAGAAAAACGUGAUAUUCAUAAUGUUAUUGUUAUUUUUAUUAUUCUAUGUGAAAAUAGUACGGCGCCAGAAGACGGUGUUCCAUAAUUAAAAACACUAUACGUAACUUUUCGGGACGAGUUUCUAGAAAGCGCUUUGUUUAGACAAUUAUAUUUUCCCGGUAUACGAUUACUAAAAACAACCGAAUCCAAACGCUUUAAACGACAAUACGAGGGACAUCGCACCCUUCAAACGACCCGUGUUCGAUGCUGUAGUGUCGUAACAAACUGUAACAAUCCAAUCACUAGUCAUCCAAUCUAUUUAUAAUUGAAAAACGUUUUUAGCUUGUUCUUCUCCUGUUCCGACCGAUAAUUGAACAACCCCUAGACGAAAUUUAUCGGUAACGGCAGUAUUUCCACCAAAUCUUUACCGGUUAAUGACAUUGUCUCAUCCCAACGCACAACCGAUUCUUUGAAUAAACAUUAUUAAAACUUAAGCGUAGUUGUUCUGCUCGUAAUUAUCAUACAUUUUCGCGAACUCGGUGAAUCGAGGAACGAUUGGUUUAUUACCAAAUCAUCAACAUUAUCUCUUAGCUUCUAAUCCCUAGCCAUUAAUAUACGAGUUGUAUCUCGAUUGUUUACCAUGCGUCUAUUCAAACCAGUAACUAGUUUAUCGUAGCUGAAUUGUGUUCUUGCUCGUUUAUUAGUUGCUCGCUUGAUAGGUUACUUCGCAGCUUUCUGCAAGAACAGAGUUGUUGAAACAUUGGAUUAACUCGCAGUCUUCAGAAAAAUGUUCUUCUGUAUAAAUUGUAAAAUAUAGCUCCACGGAUUCAACUUAAAAUUGAAUGAUAAUUUUAUAUUAAGUACUUGAAAAAGUAUAAGUAUUAUACAAUAAACUAUAAAAAACACAAAAUACAAAAUAUUUACAAUUAGAUUUUAUUUUAUUUAACUUCUUUUACUUUCAGAUUCUUCUAAAUGUUUGAAACGUUUAAUUUCCUUUUUUUUUUUGAUUAAUCAAAUCGGCACCCAUUAAUCAUCCUGGAUGAUACUUUUAUCUCCGACUUAUUAAAAUUGAUUUGUCUAAGUCAGUUUUCAUUAUAUCAAAUGCAUUUGCCGGAUCAAUAUCGCAAAGUUUUUUAAAUCAUUGUUUAAACUCAUUUUCAUUUUUAAUUUGAAUUCACCGACUCCAAUUUGUCUGUAAAUUUCGCCAUGUACAAUUCUUCUGAUUUUGGUACACAAUUACGAUUCUCCCUAGUAGGUAUUUGGAUUUUUAGCCAAAAUAUUAAUAUUUCGUUAACAACUAACCGCGCGCACUUCGCGUAAACUUAAUUCGGACUAUCGAAUGUUAAAAAAUAAGACCGAUAAAAUGUGUUUAUUUAGUAGCAACUUGCAUCCUACAAGUAGAUAAGAACUAGUUCUAAUUAAGUAAACGUGUUUACAUAGGUUUAUUUUAAUUCCAUUUUUAAAAUUUAAAUUAAAUUACAAAACAGCUCUACGGACUACACCGACGGUCACGAUCAACGUCAUGACGUGUUUGCAGCCAAAAAAAAAAAAAACGUUAAUGUAUGAAAAAACAAUUUUAGGUGAGAUUCAAGUAGGUACCUAAAUUCAAAUCGCCUAAGGUUAGUUAUGCCUAAACCAUUGUUGUAUAUAUAGUAUGACCACACUGUCACAGAGUUAUUCUGAUAUAAUGUAUAGUAUUAUAUUAUUCUAUGAUAUGGUUAUACUAUGGGAUUUUGAGAUUAACCAAGAUAACGAUUUGUUUUGAACCGUCUAUAAAUUUUAUAUUUUCGUUAUCUGACUAUUUGUUCUUAUAAUUUCUAUAGCGAAAUACCGGUCCUGAUAAAUACGGUUUUAUCGAUAUUAUUUUAUUGAUUUAUAUUAUCUACAGAGUUGAAAUAAUCGUCGGAAAUAUCUUUUGGUCAUAAUAUGAUUUCCAUAUAAAUAUAACAUUUUUUCUGAAUAUGAAAUUACCAUUCCAUACAAAUAACACUCCCGAAUAUUAUUUUUCUGUUGAAUAUUUUCCCUGAUUUAUAUACCCUCGAUAUUACAUUUUGGACGACUAUUGAUUUGCGGUGGUCGAAAUUAGACCGGAUAUUAAAAUAUUGCGGUCGGAGCGGGCCCAGAUAGGAAACGAAUCGUCUGCAGAGCUCGGAAAUCGGAAUAAAGCCGACCAAUUUGUUCUUAUUCAAUAUUUUAUUCAUUAAUUUCCUAUUUGCCCGAGGAAAUUAAUAUUAUAGCUAUGGGCAAAGUUCGAGGUGGGUAAGUAACUUGGAGGAGCUUAGCACCUCAUCCGAAACGCAAGAACCGUUUUCCGUAGCAAUGAGGAAGAUUAAGGAAAUUGCAGGAUCAGAACUUAUAUAUAGAACGAUAUAUUUACAAAUAGAUUAAUAAUAAUUUGUAUGUUUAACGAAUAAUAAUUAUCUGACGAACAAAUCUUGAACAAAUAUUGGUAAUUUCGGAUCGCCAGUUACAAUAUUUUAACAAUAAGAUGAUAUUAUUAUAGUGAUCUAAAUGUUGUUAUUUGUUUUCGUGAAAAUAUUUUUCAUUUCAAUAAUGGACGUAUUAUAAUAUUGAAAAUUUAAAUGUAUGAAAGAUUGGAUAAAAAUGAUAAAUAUUUAUUAUGUAAUAAUUGCAUAAUGCAAUAGAAGCAUUCGAUACAUGGGCUGUCUGAAACCCCCGAUGGUCUAUUUUAUUUAAAUAGUGACGAUCCUUCCGAGUGAAAAACUGAAAUUGCGCAUACUAUUAGGAAUAAAUAUACAGACUGUACCUAUUAUGCAGUUUACUGAUUUAAGAAAAUAAAAACACAUUUUAGUUUCGUGUUUUUCUUCCAACUUAAAGUUGGUGGUUUUAGUUGGACACAUUUUUUUGGGAGAAAGGGAUUUAUAAUUUUGAGACGUCUGUUAGCAAGUUUUCGCCAAGGAGACUCAUUCUAAUAGGAAAUUUCAUAUAUGAGUGAGUUUUCUUGUUACGUUUUGGCUUAUUUUUCAGGCAUAUUUCUUAUAAGUAUUAUUGGAGUAAAACCGAGAAAAAUGGGAAUGCAUACUUACUUUGUUUCAAGUUACUUAUAGGUUAUAUUUGACAUUUUUUCAGUUUUUUUUUUCUUUUUAGCUGGGAGUAAUUUUAAAUUUUAAUAUCAUGACAAACAAUUCGUGAUUGAUAUUAAACAUAAUGAUUUGUUUAUCGUUAAAUACUCAUUAUUUCAAAAAGUAUAAUAACUUUAUCAAAAAAAUUUUUUUUAUGAAAAUUUACUAAAUAAGCAGCUCUAAUAUGUUGCAUUACCAUUAUUUUUUGUCACACUUAUUUUUAGGUACAAAAAAAAACUGCCCGCUAGGGAUUUUCAACCUAGAUAUAUUAUAAAUUCCACAAAUAGACGAAUAAAAAUAAAAAUAUAUUUCGGUGUUGAUAUUUUUGAUUUCCGACAAUCCAUUGACGGGAUACUCCAUUUUCUAGUUUGGAUAGGGCGAGGGGUGCACUAUUAUAACGUUGCACCCCACGCUGUGCAGCCACACAAACGAUGCUCCACUACCCCCUCUCUACUCAAACUUAGAAUUAAAAUAUCUCGUCGGCGGGAUCGACGUAAAUAAAAAAUGUCAACGCCGAAAAUGUAUUCAAACUAAUAUUCUGAAUUUAUUGAAUUUUUAAAUAAACAUUUAUUAGAUUGUCACCGUUGGACAAUCGAAAGUAAGCAGCCUUCCCAAUAAUAAGGGCGAAAAAAAUUAAAUGGUAUCGUGCAAUUUCAGUGCCGCUCAUUUUCGAAGUUGUCAAGAAAGAAAAAUGUCGAAAAAAGUCGAUACUCUUAAAAAUAUAACCGGGUAGCGUUCGACGGCAAAAUAAUAAAAGAAUCGCUCUGUACACGGGUAGUCGGUUAAUACGCACUUGCGGCCGAACGCGAUGUUUGACCGACUGACACUGACCGGAAUGACCGGUACACCGGAACGAAAUUUCGCUCCGCGAAAUCGCAGCGGUGGCGGUGACGACGGCGACGGACAAAGAACGCGCGAGCGCGAAUGCGUGUGUGUGUGUGUAUGUGUGGAACACAAUGGCCUGUGACUGAUGCGUUUCGUUUCAAUAUCUGCGGACGCUUCGGAUCGCCGACCGCGGGGCACAGCGCGCGCCAAGAAUACUCCGCUACACCGCGGAAAUAUAUUACGCGGACGCUUCCUCCUCCUCCUCCAAGCGCGGGUUCGAAUCCAUUCCUCGUCGCCAUUUGUCGUGUUCCGGUAGUAAUCGCGACCCGAUGUAUUUUGUUUUAUUUCUCGUUUAUUUUACGUACGUACACACAGGACCGUUUCAAACGGCGAUUGUGAUGGGGGGGAGGGGGUAACGGAGGCAUUCGCUCCGGGGUGCUAAACAUUUGUAAAACUACGGGGCUCCCGGCUAUUGUUAUAACCAUCCCCCUUGUUAUUUGUUUUAUUAAAAAUAAAAUGUAAAACGGUAAAAUGUUGACAUUUUAAUAUGAAUUUUAUAAAAAUGUAAAAAUAAAAAACAACAAAUUUGAAGAGUUAACCCCACAAAUAAUCCCCAGGUAUGACCUUAAGAAGGGUCGUUUAAAAUUUGAUGCCCCUGGUCGCCAAAUGGCUUAACACGGUUCUAUACAUACAUACAUUACUGGCGGUCCGAGGUAUAGAUAUGAGUUACGAAAACAAAACAUUACAAUACUAAGGUCUGUAACAGCGAUAUAUUCGAAAUUAUAACAUGCGAAAACGUUAAAGGCUAGUGGUGUUCUCAUGUGCUAAACGUAUCGUGCGGUGGUUAGGAUGGUUACGGCUAUAGUUGAUGGUGCGAUGGAGAGGUACGUAGAAAGGAGUGAGUCGUCUGUUAGAUUUACCGGAAAUCCUAAAAUUAACCUCUGUUAGUAGUUCGAGUGCAUCAGUAGAACCAUUAAUACGCUUGAUGAGGAAAUCGAUGUCGGCUAACAUUGUCCGGUCGGAUAAACCAAUACACUUUAAGUGGCGUAAGACUAGGGAUAUGUAUAUGCAUACCUAUAUCCGCAGGUUAUACAAUUAGACAAAUAGCGUCUCAAAACAUAAUCGAUUAUAAUUUGACACCCCUCACAAAAAUAUAAUUUAAAAAAAUCGUACCGAAUUUAAUCACAUUAGAUUAUAAUAUAAUGUAAUUUAGUUUGAAAUAAAUUAAUAGCGAAUGUAAAAAUUACUUGAAUUUAAGUAUGUAUUUAAUAUUUACGGAAUAAUUUUGGGGGCCUAUAUGAAGUAGCCGACUAUGCAGUGACAUACCCUGUAUACCCCGUGUGUCGCCUAUGAUAAUAAUGUUAUAUAGUAUUGCAAAGCAAGUACCUGUAAAGGACAAGAGACUUGAACGAAACUUAAUGACGUUUUGCAGUGUGCCGGAUUGGGUUAUUUUAAUCAAUCGUGAUCGACAUACAACCAGCCCAAUGGAUGGCUUAUUAUUUAUUGAGGGGUGGUUGGGGUACGAAAUUUUCGAAGACUGUGAGUUUUUUACCCCCUAACCUAAUCUUUCACGUUAUUCGUAAGUUUUAAGCAUUCCUACAAAAAUUCAAAUCUACGCCACUAGGACUAAUUCACAAUCGAUUUCAUAUAAACAGCACGAGAAAAGCACGGAAUCCGAAAAAAGAUAGUUGAAAAUGCACGUUGGUCGUAACACUUAUAAUAUUGUGUACUUGUAUGGCUUUGUCCGGGUUAGGUCAGGUAAUCCAAAAACAAGCCGUGAAUGUACCUAAAAACUACAUACGUCUCUACAAAUUUUGUAUCAUUUUUGGGGCCGAAAUUGAUAAGAUUGAUAUGAGUUACAUGUAUCAGGAAAAACUCUUUUAAUUAAAUCAUUAACAUAGUUGCACGUAGUUAACUACGGGCUACGUUUAAACUCAACCAAACAUAAUAAUCUGUAGCCAUAUGUAAACGACUGUCCAUCGUCCGAUGGAAUGUAUGAAAAAAAAAUUUUAUUUCUUUGCCUAUUUACAACCAAAUUAACCGAGGGAAUCCAGCAAUAAAGAUACAGAAGAAAAAAAAAAUGUAAAUUUCGUACUUCAAGAACAAAAUGUACAUGUAAACCAUCCUUUAGAGCAAAGUUUUCCCGAAAACGGCGUAAAAUUGUAGAUUUGUACUAAAAACAAAUGAACUGAUAAACACAUAGUUUGUUUCAAAUGAGUAUUUUAUUUAUUCUUUGAUGUUUGAAAAUUCGAAAUCGGAAUAUCACUAACGGUAUUAUUAUACGGUUGGACGUCAUUUUAUGAACAACAACAAUAAUAAUAUUAUUAUUCUAGGUACCAUGAACGAGUUUUGUUACAAAUUCUAUAAAUAGUUGACUAUUUCGGAGGAAGAAUAUUAUGAUAUUAUAAAAGAUUGUUAUCAAAAGGAAUUUUAACGAAAUCGGACCAAUACCAAGGUCAUCGGACUAUUCAUAUUAUUAUUAUACCGAGGUUCAUACAUAUAGUACGUAAAUAACGGCAUUCCAUAUGAGUAUUAAAGCGGUGUCUGGAGACGCGUUUUUUUGAUAGUUUGAUUCCAAAAAUAUUCACGUUUCUCAUUUAUGAUGAAAAAAAAAAACGUAUGCGAAGAAUUUCGUAUAAAAUUCUCGGCAAACUAUUCCGCGUAAAUCGAUAGAUUUAAAUUGGUGUUAAAAUAUUCGCGAUUAUUACGAGUUAGGUUGAAAUUCGAACUUUAAACGCUUUUUAAAGAAGAAUGCUUACGCUCACUUUUUUUUUCGUACACUAAGUACAACUUGCGAUAAACCCCGUGGUAAAUGUCGGAACAGUUUUACUCGGCCAAAAUAAUUGUAUUAAUUUUAACCCGACCACCGUUUUUCUUCAUCGUGAAAAUCACAAGACAAAGGGAAAAGCUUUCUUGUCAUUUUUCGAUCGGAUCCGUGGUAGAAAUCGGUGGUUUUCGGAUAGCAAAAAAAAAAAAAAAAAAAAAACCCCCGCCACAGUAUAGCAUAAAACCGUAAUACACAAUAAUCUUUCCAGUAUUCCACUCUACGCUCGGUAUUCAAAGAACACGGGACGGUCUAUUCCGGUACCCGAUAAAUUCGACUGCAUUACAGAUUAUUAUUGUUGUUUUUAUUGCCGGUGUGUUCGAACCGAAUGUCGACGAUCCGGCAGUCGAGCCCGGCGUUGUACGCGUCCCACGGGCGAUUUCAGAGAGAGAGAGAGAGAAAAAAUUACACUCGAUAAACGCGGUCGUUCGAACUCGUACACGAUAUUUUAUUUCCGAGCGUUUUCGUUUGGGGGAUCUUAAAUCAACUCUCCCGGUAUAUUAUAUUGUUGUACGGAGUAUUGUGCCCACACAAUAAUAUAAUACCUACGGACCGCGUCGCCGUACAGUUCGUUCGUCGCGUAUAUAAUAAAAAUACGGGUUUACGAAUAUUUCCCACCCGCCCCUCACCCCUUCCCCCGGCGUACGGGUACGCCGUGCGUCCGCCGAGAGAAAGUCUCCGUGAAAUAAAUAGUCGCAUUACGUUAUUAUCGUAUUAUUAUUAUUAUCGCCGCCGCCGUUCCCCGUGUGUAGAGCGCACCGCCGGCCGAUUUAGUCGAUAAACAGUUCGGAGGGGAGCGAAAUACAGGGUGAGCGUGCGCGGCUAGAGGGGGCAGCGGCCGUUUACCCGCCGUGAAACCGCCGCGGUCCGUGUAAAUGAUUAUUAUAACAUUACAAUAAUAUUAUUAUUAUUGUACCGUCACAGCGGUAUCCGCGAGACCGUACAAUACCGUCCGUCUGUCUGUCUCUCACUCGCUCUCUGUCGCUCUCUGUCGCUCUCUAUCUCUCUCUCUCUCUCUCUCUAUCACUCGCUCUCUCUCUCUCUCUCUAAAUACAAUGCGUGAUCUACGUAACCGUAAUCGAUAUUACGUCCGUAUAAUAAUUAACGACAUCGCGACGAGCUUCGUCGAGGGACGGCGUGCGAACGAUAUUACGGGCGCGAUGUGCGCACGAUAAGUGAGACGUCAAAAUCGAUCUGAUCGAAAUCCGUGUCGAGUACGAUUGGUUCCAAACGAAUAAAAAUGUACGCACAAAUGCAAAAUAACUAUAAAAUUGUUAUCGGUAUUCAACAUUUUAAGUAUUUUACAUUUGUUUUAUUCCAAAACAUCUCAUUUGAGUAUUUCUUUUUCGAUAAUAGUCAAAUCUUCAGUGGAUGGUAAAUAUUCGUAUUUUAAUACGAUAUGAGCGUUCAAAUAUAUAUUAUGUGUGUUUUAGAUCCCGAGUGGAGCGAAGAAGCUUAUAGUUUUACAAAGAUGUUUAUGUUUAUUUUAUUUUUUUUUUUUUUUCAUCUGUGCGCAACUUUUCUACCAGAAUACUGCUCGGAUUUCUGCGCGUAGCAUCUUUUUUUAAAGGAAAUCGGCGUGGGCAGGUACUCUAAGAAGGUAAUUUUUCGAUUUUCUCAAGAGUUUUCUCAUCAAAUGCGAAAAACCGGGAUAAAACGCGGGAAAACGUAGGAAGACUGGGAAAAUCGGUACAACUAAUGUUGUAACAAAUAAAUUAAACAAAUAUUAUUAAAAAAAAUAUGCAGUGCCUAUUUAAAUAUUUUACUGUAAAAUGACAUAUAUAUAUUGUUGACAAAGCAUCACUAUCAAAUGAACUCCGCUCAGAAUCGUUUUUUCGUAAGCAAUGUUUCAUUGUUGCUUACAGGUAUACGUUAAAAUGUAUCAUUAACUGCACCCGUUCCCAUUAUCCUAGGACGUCUUUUUAAUCGCACAAUUGAAUUGUUUGGAUGCAAACAAUCAAAUUAUUACUGAUAACAAUCUGAUAAGAAGUGCAUGACGUAAGAACUAAUCGCGCUUAUUCCGAUCGUUGAGCCCGACGGUUCGCGCGUGGAACCCGCGAAAUUCUACAGACCCGUCGUCGUGAUAUUCUCCUUCCCCGCGACGGCCUUUUACACUACGCCUAUUUCACUAUCAAUAACAAGAGUUUUGGCCGCCGAAAACGACAUCAACGCCGGUCUUCUACGCUCCCGUUUUAUAUCAAUGCCUCCUCUUCGACAACGUCCAUCCACCACCUCUUCCCCCGUCGAACCUCCUCCCGGUUCUACCACUUGACACCACUUGCUUCCGUUCUACCGAAGCGAGUUUGGCGCACACGUAUUUGAUCCGACAAAAAUGAGGGAUCUGUUUUCGCAUAAUACUUCCUCGUUACUGGCCAUCGUUUAUCGAAAAAUUCCAACUAUACGUAUUUUAAGUCACGAACCUGUUUCCCAUAUGCGGAACAGGGUACCAUAAUUAUAUGGUUAUUUGACAGACUAUACAAAGAAGUGUAAUGAUAUAUAAAAUAAUUUUAAUAUUGGUCAACUAGUAAAAUCACAAUAUAAUAUUAUAUAACAUUAUCAUUAUCUACAGUGCAUUUUAUUAUAAUGGACACCGCAUUAUUUUAUCAGUUAUUAAGUCAAUUUAGAUUCAAUACAAAAUAGUAUGUAUAACAGUUAAAUAUUUCGAUAUAAUAAUAAGACAUGAUAAUGAGGACCGGACAACAACACUCAACACUUCCCCCCUUUUUUCUCAUAAAACACUCCUCGGCUCUUUUGGCGGCCGUAUCCUGCCUUGGCGACUCGUCGUGUUUUUCGUCUUCCCGCGAGUGCGUGUUGUCCCGGCGUCUAACAUUCUGACAUCAUCAUUUUUAAUUAAAUCAAGUGUUUAUUUUAUCAUUUCUAUUCUCAUUAACAUAAUAAAUAAAUAUAAUUAUACCUGUGUUCAAAAUCAACAUUGUUACUGACGUUAUUCCGUUCAGGAUAGGUAAGAAUAUUAUUGUUACACUUCAUAGUUUAUAUUUUAUAUUAAUCGUUUCCCACCGUCGUAGGCUGUAAUAAAUAAUCUAAAUGGUUAGUGGGUGUACACUCAAUUACUUUGUACCCCGUUAUUCACUUUAUUACAGAAGCAAAGUUUUCCCUUGUUUCAAUUAACUAACUUAACAGUAGUCCAUAAUUGCUCGCACUGUGAGUCUUCCCGGCCCGAUUUAAUAACCUGGAUGCUCGUGCUGCGCUUCCUCUUCGAUACCCAAUCAUCGGAACCCACCGGUCUGGAAUCGCGUUCUGUGGCUUCUUCGAAGCGCGUGGUGGAGGUCACGCCGUAGGUCACCGGUGGGCUCUAGCUUCCGUCUCCCUAAUCCUUUCAUCUUUGCUGCACAUGAAACUCCUUGUGUCGUCCGAACCCUGACGCGGGUCGCUUAACCUCCCCAUGGUCGUUUGAACGAGAUAACCAUUACCUGCCCGGGAUAAUAGGAUUUUAACCGUACGCUAUCAUUUUCUCUCUCUCACACACACACACAAUACACACUACUAUUGAUGACUCGUCGAUAAUUUGUAUUUGGUAUUUUAAAAAAAAAAAAUUGGACUUUAUGUAUUGAUAUUUUUCUAUUACGAUAAAGUCCGUUCCCUAUUGAUAGGUGUACGACGGUCUUAAGUUGCGUCUAUAUACUAUAUUUUUUCACAACGAUGAUUCCCGGACCUCUCUCUCUUCUAUCAGUCAAUUUCUUUGUAUACGUUGUGGACAUCCUAUAUAAUACGAGAACGGACAACUGCUCUUAUCAGUGUUUUGUAGAAUGCGAUAUUUCGCGGCUACACAGUACGUAUAUAUAGAAGUGACGGUAUUCCACUGACGUUGUGAGCCGUGCCGUGUGCCUUGUCGUAUUCUGAUUGGCCGUUGUAAUCGUGGUAACGUCUAGUAACCAAGACCUACCGGGAAAUUUCCAGAGUCGAGCCGAUUUUAACUUUUAACUCUCGUUUGGGUUGCAACACACUGGAUUACUACACACUUGACAUUUUCAUGGUAUUAGAAAAAAAAAAAAUCGAAAAACGGCGUCACCCAUGACAGCUGACGAGCACCUAUAACCCAUAGAAAACGAUUACCCAGUUUGGUACUCUAUUGUUAGUGUAAGCUUUCUCUUACGUCUACGGUUCCGUGUAUUAAUAUUCUUCGUAUAUUAUGUCGAUAAGCUAGAUAACGAUUCACUGAAAACUCAAAAAAACUAGGAAAAAAAAACCCCCUAACGCGCGCACUGACGAACCGUCUUAUGAAUACCAUUAUGAAAUCUUCCGAAUAAUUUCGUUCCCGCGAUCGAUAACCGAGAACGAUCGGACGGGUCGCGCGCGCGUUCCGCGUGCCAUUACCGUUGUUUUAGUCCGGGUGCGCGCGCGGAAUAAAAUAUUAUUUUCGUUUGUCGGUAAGAAAGAAAAAAAAAAAAAAACCAUUACAAAACAAAAACGUGGCCCGAAUUAUUACGGCGCCCGAAUACCGUACGCGACGACAUCACCUGCCGAAAUCGAUUUUGUUCGUCCGGAGGACCACCGGUGUAGUGUUGUUUGGCGGCGCCCGGCGUUGUCGUCGUGUGAGAGAGAGAGAGAUGGAGAGAAAACAUUUGGGGCGCCGCCUCCGCGCGGAUCGAUCGUUAUUAUUACAUACGCGCGAGUAUGUAAGUGCAAAUUAAAACGUCGAAAUCGCGGGCCUCGGCGACGAACGACAUGGAUAAACUUAAAUAUAAAAGGGCCCGAAUCCGUCUGUUUACGGUGUUGUCUGUAACGUUUAUGUUGUUUUUUUUAUCGCAGAACGCAAAUUGUGUCGUUUAGAUCGAAAUCGGCGUUUAAACGGGGGUGGGGGGGAAGGGAAAGGUCUUUCAAAAUAAGUCACCGUUUUGUUGUUAGUAUUUGCAUUUAUUUAUUUUUUUUUUUUUUUUCUAAACGGUUUUCUUAUUCUUUAAAUUUUGUUAUUUGCGAUUGAACGCUAAACGUUUCUGCCUAACGUAAUUUUUUUUUAUGUCGUGCGCCAGACGGAGACGACGCAUGCGGACACAUGACGUCCACUUAACCACUUCAUCUAUACCCACGUCCCACGUAUUUAUAAUUUAUUCUUUGUAAUAAUAAUUACGUCUGCGAUUGCAAAUUUGUGUGAUAACGCAUCUUUAUAGUCCCCUACAAUGCGCAUCAAGAGCGUACCGCGGUCGUUGCAGUCGGCUUUUAUCGGAUUAGUGAUUAUAUGCUAGCGACGCACAAUAAAUUAUUGCCAGUUGAUCUGUAAUCGUUUAUUAACAUAUUUUAUAUUUCAUUCGAUUUAUGAGUCGGUGCGAAGUGCGUGUAGAUACGUCAUAACAACGAAAUUCGACUUUAGUUAAGACGUUCGGUUUCGACGAAAUUCGUAUGCGUAAAAAUGAUUUCGCCAUAGUAAUUCAUCGAAACGUCUGGUUUUAGCACUACAUCCAUUUCAAACGUUUCAACGGGGGCGUUAUAAUAUCUAAAUUAUCAAAUAACGGGUUCACAACCUAUGGUACUUAUAUUAUUAAGCCGUGCCUAUAGCAUGGCUUUGGUCAGUGUCAGUCUCAGUGCAUGAAGACAUUUUUUUCGGAAUUAAUAUUAAAAUACUUAAAAUACUAUAUUUAUAUAUAACACUAGUUGUCCCGCAUUUUGCUCGUGCUCACUGCACAGUAUUGAACGAAAAAAAAUAUAUACGUAUUACGUGUUUCCCAGUAACCCCUCGUUUCCAUUCCCCCCGUACUUAUACCAUAGUUAACCGUCGUUGUACUUGUUCCUUGCCCUAAAAACUAAACGAACUGCUAAUAAUAAUAAUGCCUCUUUUCCCCCAUUCGUAUCGCUUAGGUAACCUAUAAACCAAUAAAAAAAAAAAAAAUCAAUUUUCGUACCAAAAAUCCCAAAAACCUUGCGUCAACCGUCUUUUAGCGGUUAAAACUCGGAAAUCCGCUUCUGUAUGUAAAUCUGCGAUCAUGCACUGCAGACGAACAAACAGAUAUUUCUUUUUAUUUAUAUUAUAGAUAAUGUGUUUUUUUUUUAAUUCGAUCGGGUGAAAAAAAUCGUGUAUAAAAUUGGUGGUGUACCAUCGGUUUUAGAAUACAUUUUCCGACAUUCGGCCGUCAGUCAGCACUUAAAUAACUAUUUUGCGAAUGAAAAUUCAAGGAGAAAAACCAUUUUUAAAUUGUGAUACAUUUCGGUUCUGUCUGUAAACAAUGAGUUUUCUGUUUUUGAAAUUUGCUUCAGUUAAACAAUUUCAAAUGAGAGGUCAAGAGGUUGAAGCAUUUUGUAAUUAUUGUAAUUGUUGGUGCAUUGUUGGAGGCGAUUUGUUUUGAAUUCCUAGCAUUUUUCUUCCAUCAAAAAAGUCGGGAAACUAAAAUAUUUACGGAACUCCGGAGUUUUUUUUUGGGGGGGGGGGGGUAAUUCGCUAAAAGAACUUUCACCGAUGCCAGCGUUGUCUGAACGCGAUAAUCGCUCAGUUAUCGAGUUAUUUAUUGCGGACUCGUAAACUAUUCAGGUACUGUAAAUAUUGCUGUAAGUGGCCACGGGAAAACGCGCGACGGUUUGCGUAGGUAUUUGUAGGAUUUAUGAUAAUUACGUAUAGAAGAGGAGAUCAGUCGCGCAGUCGCUUCGCGACGUUCCGGCACGUCGUUGUUAUUGUUGUGGACGGGAUUUCCCCGGGACAAUGGACUCGGGUGUGUCGCUCAAUUAAAUUUAUAGCGUUCGGAAACGGUAUUAUGGAUUUCGAGCUGGUUUCACAACGAAAAACGGACCUUUAGCCGUUGUUCGUUCGCCUGCCGUCCCCUACCCCGGCCCGGUCGUGAUGGCCCAUAAAACACGGAUUUCGUUUUGUUGAAACGACCGCCGCCGCCGUAUAACCGGCCACACGUGUCUCGAUUGCGCGUGUAUACACCGCACUCGGCGUGUAACGGUUCGGCCGGAAACCAUUACUGUACCGGCGGCGUACGGCGGUGCCGUUGCGGUUGCCCCCUAUCACCCCCCUCCCCUCCCACCCGCCGCCACGCGGUUCGAGGCGAACGAUUUUUCGUCGACUCGGGCGAAUAAUCUUCCCGGCGAUAUUGUCAUAUUUCAACAAAUCGCGUUUCCAAAUACGUUGUAAUUCGGGAAUGUUUUUUUUGUUUUUUUUUCCAAGAAGCGAUAAUGCCGUCGAAAUUAUCGCUCUUCUCUUCGGCUCGUAUAAUUUAGUCACUGAAAACGACGAACAUACUUAUAUAUACUUGUAUAUUUUAAUUAGGUAAAACGAGACACGAACACGUCGUAUAUGUAUGCGCGUUGAUGCGCUAAACAAUUAUCGGUUACGCAUUAAAAACCGUGAAAUAUGCACUUUAUUUUUUUACUCGAAACAAUAAAUGUAUUACGUAUGCUAGACAUUACAAAAAUAACUGUUUAAUUUUUUUUUUUUACCAAAGUGAAUAAAAUCUUAAAAAAAUUAUCUCUGUUCGUGAAAAUUAAAAAAUAAAUAAAUCAAGUUGCAAAAUCAAAAUCGGCUAUACAUUUUUUUUUUAUAUUGAAUAAACAAAAUAAUAUCCUUUUGAUCCUUUUAACAUCCAAUUAAAACCCUAUACUUUGAGUAAAAUUAAUAUUUAUAAUGGUAUACAAGUAGUCUAUAGUUUUUAAUUUGAUAGACGUUCGGAGUACCCCGUCACUACCGUCUGUGAUACGGGAGCCGCGGAAAAGCGAAAUACGAAAAUGGUAAAAUUAAUCUCUCGUUGUCGGACUGAAUAAUUUUCAACGCGCUUGAUGCGAACUGGGGGAAACACGUCGUCGGUGUCUCGUUUUCUAUUUCUCGAAUCAAACGAUUUCCGAAUCAUUCAUCUAUGAUUAUUACAUAUACCCACGCACAAACGAUAACGAUCAAAUGACAUUUUCUUUUUCGUUUUAUUUUUUUUCCGAGACGUGUAUUACUUUUUUGUAUCAACAAUAUCAAUCCAACCGAAAGACCGUCACGUGGUCGUUCGGCACGUGUUAUACGUGGUGAUUCAUUUAAUGCGGCUGAACACUCGUCAUCGUCUCGGAAAAUACAGCGAGUAUCGACAUUUUCUCUUUACCGAACACAAAGGCGAAAACAUAUAUUGGUUAAUGGAAAAUGUGGCUAUGAUUUCCCUAAAAGAAGAUAAUAAUAAUAAUCACCCUGUACAAACUUACAGGGUAAUAUGGUGACUUUGUAUACAAUAUACAUGCACGCGUAGUCAUUAAGAAGACGUUAUACCCGCAUCUACUGUCUCAUUCCAAGUGAAACUAGCCUCAUUUUGAUUAUAGGGUAUACCUAUUAUGAAAUGUAUAGAAUACAAUAUUUUUGAGGGAAUGUCAUAGGUGUUUUUUAAAUUACGAACUGUUAAAAGAGUUAGAGUUAUUUAAAAACAAAAAAAAAGGUUUUUGUACCUUUCACAUCGAGCUGUAUAUUUUUAAUAAUACAAAAACUCUAUAACAUUCCUUCCAAAAUAUCGUUCUCUAUACAUUUCAUAAUUGGUACUUUUACUCUAAAAUCAAAACCAAGCUAGUUUUACUUAGUCUGCGUUAGCGUUUUUUUUUUCGUUUUUUUUUUCGCGUGUUACCCGGUAGUUGGACUGAGACAGUAGAUGCGGGUAUAACGUCCUAAAAACAUAUAUUAUUCUAUUUUAAAUGACAUUUUCUUAAAUAUCGCUUUCGCCAUAACAUACUGAUACGCGUUGUUAUUCGACGGGAUCAUUACGUUUUGAUAAAAUUAUUAUUUGCGUUUUUAUCUUUUUAAUUUUAAUUGUAAUUGUUAAUUUUAAUUUUAUUGCGAUCUUUUUCCACGAGUAAGCAUUAUUUCGGUUUCUGUUAUUUUCUGACGUGGCGCGUUUGCUUAAAAACAAAAAAAACAAAAAAACUGAGAUUGUUUUCAACACCGGAAGCGAAGCUUGUAUGUAAUCGUUUCCGCCGAAACCCCGUCCCGCAUCUGUUCAGCCGUUUUAGUUUACACUAUAAUAUAGGUACCUGUAUAUACAUGAUUUGUUUUUUUAAUAUUUAUUAUACAUUACAUUCUAAAUAUUAUUAUUUUUCAAACUAUAUUCUAAAUAUCAUAAUGUACGCGUGAAUGUAGGUCAAGUUACAAUAAUAUAGGUAGUGUUGUUAUUGUAAUUUAAUUUCUGUUUUGAAUAUCGAUUGAUAGCCAUUCCUCAACGGAUGGGGUUUGGGUCUGGAUUAUCCCGUACGACCGACAAGGGGGAAGAAAAAUCAUAGAACACGACCUCAAAUAUUACACUAUAUUCUGCUCGCCUGGGGGAGGGGAUUGUUCAGGAACCUCUAUUCGUUCGUCUGGCGAUAAUCGAUAUAAUACCUACAAAGAACCACGUCGCGGACGGGUGUAGGUCUGUACUUCUAUUUUUUGUAAGUGAAUUUUUGCUUAUCGCGGUAGAAGAAAUGUUUCGUAGUUCCUUGAUUAUAUUAUCAUUAUUAUCGUAUAUACUAUACGUAAUACUUAUGAGCAGGGCUUGGGACGUGUUUCCCUUAAAAUCCACAAGAGACGUCAAAAAAUCCCUGGAUUAUAAAUUAUUAAAGAAGCAAAGACCUUUUUCUUAAAAAAAAACUGAUAGCAACCGUCUUGACGUUUCUGAAAACAACACAAUAUAAUACUUUACCUUAUCUAUUGAUUAUUUAAAUAUUACAUGUAUAAACCUAAACUUAACCUAAUCCGUCUUCACCUCCACACUCGUAGAUUAAAAAAAAAAACCCCCAAGCGUACUUUUUGUGGGUAAAUUUGAAAUGUAUAGAGUAUAGGAUAAUUUAAUUUACAUAAUGAAAGCAACAAUAAAUGAGCGCUAUCAAAAAACAAUUCUGAGUGAAGUAGCACCAAUAAGAGUAGUAUUGUAAUCUUGUUAUUUUCCCUUUAUAGCCGUGGUAACUCAGAAGAAAUCGACAAAAACGAAACCGAUGUAUUGACAUUAAUUAUUAUUGUCAGUUUUUUUAAAUUGUAUUGUAAGACUAUUGCGAUUCUAGAAAUACGUGGAAAAAAAACCGAGGAAUUUUAGUAACGCAAAAUGUAUAUUUCGAGAAAAAAAAACGGGUCUUAUAGUUAAAAUGCAAUAGCACUCAGAAUUUAAAAUAAUCAUGAAAUUCCGAACAAAAUAAAAACCUGUUCAAUUUCGAUUAAUAUAAACUUAAAGCGAAACUCAUAGUAUUUUUUUUUUUUAAAUUGCGAAUUUUUAUAUGUUUUUUUUUCGGUUCGUCAAUAGAAUACAGGAACAAUAAUAUUAUAUGGUCGUGUAAUUGAUUUUUGAUGCCAAUUCACGUUCACGGCCGGUCUCGCCGAGACCUUGCUACGCAGCUCAUCUGGUCGUAUUCUCAUCGUACAAAACACAAAGCGACGAUCCGGAACCGCUAUAGCUGUUUUCAGAAUGACGAUAAUCGUUUUCAAACUGCCGUGUACACAUCACUCGGAAUCUUGGAAAUCGCGCCUGCAGUUUUACUCCUUCCGGUGCGCGAAGUCCGUUGUUCUCUCAACCUACGACCGCCGCCCCGCUGCCCACGAUGUUUUUUUCCCUGUCGUGAACCAGCGAUUAUUUUAUUGUACGAAGAUUUUCGGUAAAUCCGAUCGCAAUAACACUGCACGUGUAAGCCAUUGCGGCCCGCGUACCCGUACUGCGCCCGCAUUAAUGUCGUACUACCUUAAAUAAAAAAAAAAAAAAUUGAUUGACGUGGCACUAUCAUGGCAACAAGGCAACUCGACUAGGUUACUAUUGUGUUUACAUUAAUAUGCCUAUUAAUUACCUACAUUAGUAUACCCAUUUGCCCCGCGUGUGAACUCGCGCUGGCCGGUUCGGCGGCCAAUUAAUAAGUAGAGAGAGAGUUGUCGAGAAAAAAUAACCACACAAAUACGACGGGAUAUCCUAGCGCGUGCCUUAUCGGUCCGACCGGUUUUUUCGCCCGUAUGAAAAACAAAUAAAAUAAUUUAUUAUUAAAAAACGACGCGCGGCUCCGUGUUGGCCGUCGUCGUCUCGUAGUCGUGCGAGACGGCGGACAUACCGCUGCGAACAGUAUAACGACGUGUACGACAAAAAUUAUUAUCAUUCCAAUAAUGUGGUCUUGUCCUAUUCAUCCGCUACAUAAUAUGUUACCAUCACGUCGCGGUGGUGCGCCUACUGUUUUUCGCCCGGAUUCGUAUUGUGUUUUCGUUUUUAUAAUGCGCGUAUACGCGUGUCCGGCGGCGGGGUCAUUCGAGCCGGGGGCGGUUGUUUUAUUUCCACGGUAAUAACAACAACGGAACGCGGAAAUAAUAAAAGCCGUGUGUAUUUUUCGUUAUCCGGGCGAUGACCGAGCAGUGCGUACCUAUAAUAUUACCUAUAUUAAUACGGUAGAACCUCGUUAAUCCGGACUAAUUGGGGCUCUAAGUCGUCCGGAUUAAUUAAAAUCCGAAUUUAACAAAAUACCCGAUAAAACCGUGUAUACACUACGGAUUUGAGAACUAAUAAUGUUGCACGAGUACGUAAUUUAUAAAAUAUAAUCGCGGAACUCGACAUUUGUUCAUAUUUAUUUUGGUCUGCGGCUGCUCAAACUGCGUAGUUUAUUAUAACAGCUGUCCAGAUUAAGCGAUGUCCGGUUUAGUAGGAUCCGAAUUACGGAUUCUGUACGCUAUACGUUACCUAUCAGCACUGAUAAAAGACAACUUAAGAAAUUCGAAUAACUCGAUACCUUAUCGAGAUUCGAUUACCACGGAAAUCGAAGACGGCUAAAAAAAAACUUAAGUACUGCGUAAAUGUGUAAAACAGAAAGUUUAAGUUUUCGGACCGUUGUAGAUUUUUCGAGAAAUGUUUCCGUCGUCACAAAUCACGAUCUGUAGGAAAAAAAACUUCGCCCAUAAUACUUAAGUGAUUUUAAUUUCUUUUACAGUUAAUUCGAUUCAUUUAUACAAGUUUGGAUCGUAUAAAAAUGUCGGUCGAAAAAAACUUAAAAAUCGUAGUACAUCGCCUCUUCUUCCUUCGCCUCAACUUCCAUUUCGAUUUAUGUGGAGUUUUUCGAAAUACCUAAAGCUAAUAAUGUACAAUACGUGUACCGGCAAAGACGGUUUUUUUGUUCAGACCCUUAAUUUAAACUAAACACAACAAUAAAUACUGCACUCGUUUUGUCUGUUACGGCGUAAAACAACUUUUUCGUAUACAGCUCUACGGAAGGGUGUGAUUAACAAUUUUCCAAAUACAAAUACCGAAUUUGCUGACCAAGAAUUAUUUUAACUUUUGAUUCAUCAUAUUGUGAUAAUAAGUAAUAUAUUUUACGAUAAAAUAUUUAAAAAAACAAACAAAGAAACUAUUAAUAUUUUCGGCUUUAAAAUUAAAUUAUUAUUGAAUUGCCCACUCGGUCUACAUUUCCACAUUCUCGCUCCUACGCGCCUCAUCUAUUUUCAGUCCUGUUCGUAUCUUAAUUUUCGACGUCAUAGGCACAUAAAACCGACAUGCGAAACUAUAAUAAUACAUCCGUUUUGCGGAGAAAGAAUUAUUUUUUCCCUACUCGAAUUCGCCUCUCACUACAAUAACGGCGAACAUGACAUUGAAAAAACUGGUAAAGUUAAUAAUUGAGCGCCUCUCUCCAUUGAGCGCCGCACUCGUGUGUUAUUCUUUCGAAUAGCCGUCGAGCGGUUUUGUUUUUUUUGUUUUUUUUUGUUAUCCUCGUCGAGCGUUUUUUUCCCCUCGUCAUAAAAGAAACGUGACAUUAUUUUAAAAAAAAACCCCUUGGCAGCCCGUAUAUACGUUUGACUUUUACCACUCUAUCAAAGUAUAUUAAUUAUAUAGGUAUAAAUUAUAAUUAUAUACGCGAUAUAUACUUUGAUGUUUUCUGCAGUGUUUCAGUUUUCUAUUGUAUAUUAUGCAACGUUUUACAUCCUCUAUGAUAAAACGUAGAGAUAUCAUGUAAAAAAGACUUGACAAAAAAAAAAACCCCUGAGCAAUUCACCAUGAAAAGAGCGGUCUUUUUUUUUUUUUUUUUUGUUUCUCUACCAGUGGUUAUAGUAGUGAUAAUAUAAUUUCUUUUGAACAUUAGAUAUUUGAUUAUUGCGUCAGUUAAAAUAUUUAAACAUUUUUUUAUAAAUCAAACAAAUCGAAAUAAUAUUAUUGUAUUUUGAUGGUUUUUUUUUUUUUUUUGUGUUUACGCGAUGACUAUUUUUGUAGUAAGUAUAUAUUAUAACUCGUGGUCAGUAUUAUUAAUUUAAAAUUUGUAGCACUACGUUUCAAGGCCGUUUAGAUCGUUUUAUCUUAACACCACUGAUUCUAAAUCAUAAUAUAUAUUAUGGUAUCUUACAUUAGUAUUAGGUGUAUAUAACGAAACAGCAUAUAAAUUAUAUAAUAUCGUAAGUUAUUUUAAUUUAGGUAAAUUAUUACAAAAUUUACGUAACACAACGAUAACCAACCAAGUCACGGUAAAUGAUCAAUUCAAUUAACCUACUAGUUAAAAACGCGCCGUAAUUUAAGGCCAUGCAAUGUCGGAAAUACUCUAAUAAAAUUCAACCACAUUAUAAUAGGUAUAGUAUUAUUUCACUUCUUUGUUUAUAUUAUUAUUGGUGGAUAUUUGCCGAAGCCGGCCGUAAUAAAAUCGAUUACUUAUACGGUUAAGUAUCAUCUCCAUAAAAAAUCCUCAUGGCCAACAAAUUUUGCGAAAGCACGGAAAAUCCAAUAAUGGUUUGGACACGCGACGAAGAGACCCAUUGUCGGCGAACCUAAAUGCGGCGGCUGAAUGGAAAACCAUUAUAAGAAAUAUACCUAGAGGACGUCCAAAAAAACGAUGAACAUGGUAAAACUUGAUCUGAACAUUUUUUUUUUUUGUUAUUCCUCAGAAUAAUAUUUUGUAGUUCUUCGCGUCUGUUGUGCCAUAAUUCGUUUAGAUCCUUGUAGUUUUCUUUAUUCAUAUCCCUCGUCAUUCGGGUCAUUUAUUUUGCUCUUGAUCUUCCUCUCCUUAUGUUUCCUUCAGUAUCUCAUUCCAACACUUUCGGUCCAGGGGAUUUUAAGCAAUUUUCUGAAAUACCACAUCUCAAAUCAAAGGCUCACAGCCUACGGUUGUUCGUUGAGUUAACUAUCCAGUUUUGUAUCUAAAGAGAAAUUAGGUGUAGUGAACAAUUUAUUGUUAAAAGAAAGAACAAAGGGACUUUUAAUGUUCAGAAGAAAAAGUAUCAAUACAACUACUUGAAAUAAAAAUAUCGUUUUUUCUGCGAUCGAACCGAAAAAUUUGUUUUAAGAAAUAUUUUUGUUUUUUUAAUUUAUUCUGUUUUUUUUAUCGAUAAAAAAUAUUUAAUAAAAAAAAACUCCAGCGACGAGAUUAUAUCAACAUAAUAAAUAUUGUUUUACCGGAUAUCGAUUUUUUUUUUUUUUAUAAUUUAUUUUAAAAUAUUAUAUUAUAUUCUUACAUUGUGAUUUCUUAAAAUGUUGAUUAAAAUAAAGACAUAAUACGUAGGUAUAUACAGGGUAAUUUUUUUAUCAUGAACCAGCAAUUAUCUCGGAGGAUUUUAAGUGAAUUUGAUUUCUGUUUUUUCUAAUCAUUAUGGAAUAGUUUAAGCUUUAAUUUAAAGACAUUUUUAAUUUUUACCCCUAUUCCAUGUACUUUAAAUAAGUGCAUACUUUUAAUUUUACAAUAAGACCCCCCCCCUCCUCUUUUGAACACUGAUUUGAGUAGAAAAUAUUUUUCAAGAAAUUUUGAUAUUAACAUUAUGCAUAUCAAAAUUUCUAAAAAAAUAUUCUCUAUUCAAAUUUGUGUUCAAAAGGGUGGAGUUUCUAUUUGAAAAGUAUGCAUUUAUUUAAGGUAGGAGUAAAAAAUUUAAAAUGGUUUUAAAAUAAAGCUUAUACGGUUCCAUAAUGAUAAGAAAAAACAGAAAUCAAAUUCACUUAAAAUCCUCUGAGAUAUUUACUGGUUUAUGACAAAAAAAAUCACCCUGUAUAUUAGACAGACCCAAAUAAUUUCGUCGUUAUAAAAUUGAAUGAAUAAAUUAUUGUAAUCUAACUAUUGACAACAUAAUAUAAAAAGUAAAAAUUUCAAAAGAACAAUUUGUAUUGCCAACGUAAUAUUAUAAAUGAUAAACAAAUUUAAUUUUAAAUAAUAAAUUAAAAUACUUCUAAAUACGUCAAUAUUUAAAUUUUAAGGUUAUAUCACUAUUUAUAUGAAAUUCUUAUUCAAAAAUACAUAUUUUUCUUUCGCUCUUAAAUGUAAUCAAAAAUCCGUUGUUUGAUCGAAUAUCUACGGAGAAAUGUCUUUUGAAUAUGAAAAAAGUGUUUCUAACUUCCCGAAAUGUUUUAAUUGCGUGCCAAAAAAGCAUCGAAGAGAGACAGAAUUAGUAUAACUGGCUUCUGUGACUUCCCGAGUACAUAUGUUGUUUUUAUAGAUUUUCUGUUACCUUUGUUUUCAUACACCCAUCCGAUGUUUUUCUAAAAAAGAUUUUACCGUGUUUAGUGAUUUUGUAACGUAUCCAAAAGAGAAGAGUAACUUGACGAGCUUUUUAGGAGGUUAAAAAGUAUAUUUUCUUUGUUUUAAAUAAAACCUUGGUGUGCCGAGAAAUGCAACAUUCCACAAGGCUAAUACCAAAAAUUUGUAACUAAAAAACUGCGGAUGUGCCGAAUGGUAGUAAAAUUUGUCCCCACAAUGUUGUUCGAAGCUCAAAAACAAAUCCAAGUUUAAGUUUGUUAGGAACUUUUUGUUAUAACAAAUAACAAUGAAAACUUUUUGAAAUAUAUCGUUACGUAAUCAUCAAAUUUGAAUAAAAAUUCUCUUCAACCCCCUAAAAAGCUCAUCAAGUUGCUCUUCUUUUUGAUUCAUCACAAAAACGUCGAAAUACGAAAAAUAUAUAAAUACAAAUACAUAGUUUAUACCAAAACAAAGAAGAAUAUAUUAUAUUCCUACAAAAAUAUAUAUUAUGCUCAGAAAUAUUCACAGAAGUCAUUGAUACUGCUCUCUUGCUUGUUGGGCAAAUCUAAUCUAACUUUUAGAUCACAACUCGUACGCACAUUGGUUAAUUUCGACAUCGGUUCGCGCCGUUUUCAAUUUCAAAUAUCGAAUCGGUUAUUGGUUUUAUAUAUAUAUAUAUAUACGGAUAUACCGGAAAUUCGAAAAAAAAGUUAUGUUUCGACUCAAUCGAUUAUUAGCACUACAUUGGUAUCACAAUAACGUUUGCGGUAUCAAUAUAAUAAGUCCCAUGAACAAUAUUGUUAAUAAUAAAUUGCUGAAAUUCGCGUCGACACACGGCACGCGAUUAUUUUAUCGUCGGCAAUUGUCGCGUUUGCGGUGAACCGAUUUUCAUUAACAACAACAACCACGACGUGUUUAUUUGGCCGAAACGCAAUAACAAUCGAACCAUAAGCAAUUUGUAAAAACAGCAGAUACUUAAAUUAUUAUCGAUAUUAUUAUUAUUAUAACAGUAUUUACUGCAGCCGAGUGUCCCGAAACGAAAAUAACGUAGACGGCGACGUAUAUAGUUUGCCGAGUCGAAUUAAAUGGUAUUCGAAAUGACAUUCGAGUUGCCCGCAGUUCCUACUCCGGAGUUAAGUAUCUAAUAUUAUUUUGGAUCGCCGCGAAAAUUUAAAAAUCUUCUCUCGUCUCGCUACAAUGAAAAUCUCUUUACUGCACACAAUAAUAUUUUACAACCAUGUUCUCGGGGUCAAAGUUUGUCUGUACGUUUUUUUUUAUUAUUAUUAUUAUUAUUUUUCACAUUUUUUGUAUCGAAGACGACGACGGUAUAAUAAUAUUGUUAUUAUUAUUAUCACGACCGCGAUAAUGACUCGUUCACAACAAUAAAUUUAAUACGUGUAUUACACAUCUGCGACGACAAAAGAUUUCCAUGCGUUUAGCGUAGUCAUCUUAUAGAGAUUAAUGUACGUCAGAAUAAAACAAAACCGGUAAAAAAAACCCCAACGUCUUUCGCUCGGUGUCUAAGGUAAUUAAACGUCAUUGCGAUAUAAUAUUAUAUAUACGUGCAUAUAUUAUAAUUAUUAUUAUUGUCGUCGUCGUUACGCACCAGAAGUUCUAUUUCGAGAACACCGAGAAUGUUGUUUAAAAAAAAAGUAAUAAAAAAAAAAAUAAUAUUAAAAAAAAAGAUCACCUACGUCGUACACAAACGUAAGACGAUUUAUAUGAAUUAUUAUAUUAUGUUCUCUCGAAAACGUCGUUUCCGCAGAAUAUAUUACGCUCGUAAUCGGGCGUCAAUUCGUCGGAUUUCCGAAAUAAAUUUACCUGUCUACUGCAUGAUUUAUUACCGAUUGUCACACAAUAACGACGGCGUGUUACACAAAAAUCAAUCGCACCGGGAUGCCAGUUUUCUGGAUCCGUCGCAUUCGAAUGGUUCGAACCACUCCGCGGAUUGUUUUUCUCUUCCGCUCGGCUUCGGCCUUUAAAAUGUAAGAGUCACGCUAACAUUUGCCGUCUGCUAAUCUAACGGACAAUAUAGAUAGCAAAAAUUUCAUUUUUAUAUUUCAAAUAAUACGUAAUACCUUAUACCUAGUCCUAAAACAAAAAUUCAUCGAACUAACGACGACAACAUUUGCUGAGCUUUCGCAUGGGGAUUUUGUGUAUUUAUCUCCUAAAUAAUCAAAACCUAAUAAAUUACUUGACUUAUGGAAAAAUCCUUUAUCACCCAGUUUUCAAAUAUCAGUAUCGGUAUUCUUUCAGUGAUCUCUCUUUUUUAGAUCUUUGAAACUGAAUUUGAUGUCCGUCAAUAUGUAAUCUUUUCCAUUCAUUGGUUUGGUCAUCAAAGAUCGGACCGUAUAUUUUGCUGAGAACUUUUCCCAAGAAAACCGCUAAUCUAAGCUCUGUUUUUCUCAGCAGCCGUACGUCUCGAAACUAUACAAAACAAUUAUUGGUCAUAAUAAAAUCGUGCGCAUCCUUAUUUUUUAGUUCUUUGGAGAAGGUCAUGUGGAUUUCUCUUUUCCACAGUAUAUCCUUUAUUUACUGGUUGGAUUUUCGACAAUAUCAUCGUGUUUGCAUCAUUCGUUCAUUUAUUUAUCUUUUUAUUUAUCUGCGAAAUAUUUUCUGUUAAAAUAAUGUUUGAUAUUUGCACGUCGUCGUGGGUGUAAAUCGGUGUUUUCGUCUGGAUGAAAACGUCCGGUUUAACAGCGAAUUCGCCGUGAGUCGCAUGUAGUGUAUUUAGGAUAUUAUUAUGUACCCGCUCAAAUAAAUACCCACCCAUUCGAAACGGACAAUCGCGCGCAACAAUAAAACGUUUGUAACCAUCGCCAUUAUUAUGUGAUGUCCGAUUUCCGUGUCUAAUUUGACCUAUAAAAUAUAAUAUAGUAUAUAUAUAUUUAAAAUGCAGGUACAUUAGUUUGAUAAAAAAUAAAAAAAUAAAUCGUUUAUCGUUCGGACCGCGCCAUUUGUUGAUUUUCAAAACGGCGUGUAUUGUACACCUAUUGUAAUAGGUUACAUAUUAUAUUACAUGUACAUUAUUAAACUCGAUCCACUUUUUUGCGGAUCGGCCAUUUUUCGACCGCAUCGACGUGCGUGUUUGAGAAAUGCUUUUUUACAGAGUCGGAAAAACGUCGAUGGCAUAGAUACGGGUUUUCGGAGCGUGAUGAUAAUAAUAUAAUAUAAUAACAAUCGACAAGUGUCACUGAUUCGUGUCAACGACACACUGUAUAUUAUAUUAUACAAGGUGGGCGUGCGAUGUGUGCAGUGAAUUAUGUAGGUUAACAACGACACGGCGGCGGCGACAUUUUACUUCCUCUCUCUCUCGACGACCGUAUCCAAUUUGUUGUUGUUGUCAUCGUUUUGUCGAAUUAAUGAAUAAUCGUGUGUGUGUGUGUGUGUGUGUGUGUGUGUGUGUACAUUAUUUUUUUCUUUUUUGACCUGCCACCCGAACGAUCCAUUUGUUUUAUCGUCCUCCCCUCCCAACUCCUUCCCGUUGACUAUCGAAGCACUCGUGGUCAAUUAAACACCAUCACGUGACUAUUAUUAUUUAUAGACAAUGUAAUAUCGGUACAAUAUCAAAUAUCAAUUGAAAAUGGACCGUGUCGUGAGUAUGCGCUCGUGUAUAUACAUAUAUAUAACCGUUGCGCAGUACAUUCAAUAAAACAAUAAUGAAAUUAUUUUAAUAUAAUAUAUUAUUACGAAUACAAUUCAAUACAGAACCAUAAGAUAGUUUUCCUCUUGUCCGUGACCGUUUUUUUAUAUUAUAUUAUACGUGCCUAAUAAUACUAACAAUAUAUAACAUCCCGGAACACGAGAGAACCGAGGAAAAAACCUUUGACUUUUACCGGCUAAUAUGUUUGAAAAAUAUGAUCACUCUACGUUUUUCACGGAUCAAUAACCAAUCGUUCCCAAAUAGCGUUCUCUUUCUCCGGAAUAAGUUGUAUUUGUAAUAUGGUUUUCCGGACAUACACAUAGACAUACUUACCGAUUUUAUCUCUUUAUCUUGCAGUGGCGUAUUUAGAAAUUCAACAAGAAGAGGGCUAUUAGUUUUAAAAUUAUAUCAUAUUACUAAUAUAUUGUUUAAUAAUGCGUAUCCUGCAGUAAUAUUGAUGUAUGCUAAACAAAAAAAAAAAUAUCGAAUUUCAAUUUAUACAUUUUUGUAACUCAUUGUUAAUUAAAUCGGCCCUAAAAUUAGCAUUGAAACCGUUUUUCUAACUAUCUAAUUCUAACCCCCUUCUUACUAUUAUAGGUUCGGCGGGUAAAAUCGUAAAUUUUCUUUUAAACAAGAAAAUAUUUUUAUGUUCAUGUUUUUUUCAAAUUAUCAACAACUGUCGGUACCUAUCACACAUUAAAUUCGUGAUUUUUCUGACUGAAAAUUAAUGAAAUUUGAAUUUUAAAAUAAGUGGUCGUAUAAAUAAUAGAUAUAGGUACAAAAAAUAAAGGCCAAGAUAUAAUUCCAUAAUCUCCCUCGUAAAUACGCUACUGUUUUCUCGUCUCUGCGAGUAAUAUUACGCAUAUAUUAUUAAACAUGUCUAUGUCGUUUUCGUUGUUAUACUCGUGUAUCGUACGGUUUUGUGUCUGACGCACGAGAAUAAUAAUAAUAUGUGAAAUAUUCCACAGCGUCUAUAGAAUUUAUCAUCAGGAGAUUAUUAUUGUUGUCGAAUCUCGUCGAAGCGAGCAGGUGUACACUAUACAACAAUAACGUACCUUCGCCGGAGGGAUGACGAGAACAAGGAAAGUUUUGCUUAAUGGACGUUUAAAUGAUGAGAAACUGCUGAAAAUGUCGUAACGCGAAUAUACAGUACGAUGACGAUAUAUUGUAAUGUGCUCUCCUACGCGUAUUUGCAAACGGUACGGGUGUAUACCGUAAAACGUGGUCGGGACGCCUGCUUAAAAUUAUAUCGCGUGGUGCCAAACUCCUUCGGUCCGAAAAACAGUUUUUUAAUAUGAUAUGAUUUCGACCAGAUUACUAAAAUCGAAAAACGACAAAGUAUAGUUUCUAAUAAAAUUGUUGGUCCAGUCGAUGCAUUCGGGCAGGGAGAGAGGUAUGAGGCCAUUUUUGAAAUUGUUUUUGUUUUAAAUAUAAUACGGGAAAUCCGAUAGAAAAUCACUGGCAUCUAUUUUGUGAUUUUAGAAACUGCAGGGGGUUCGAAAAUAAAAUUAGUUUAUUUCAAUUUUUAUAUCGCGGAGGUUCCAACUCGAAUUUUUUAAUUUUUCUGCAUUUUUUUCCAUCGAUGAUUACUGAAUUCCCUUAGUUACACGCGAGGAAAAAUAACUGUAAUGAUUGUCACAGUAACUGAUCUCUACUCAACAAUUUUUUUUAUGAUAUUUGAUCAUUGCUUUCGGUGUGUAAACAAUAGCGACCUAUACCAUCAACGAUUACCUAAACCUAACAUUGCAAUGUCCUCUUUUCGAAGUAUAUAGAGACUAGAUAAAUUUUUAUCUGUAUAUUAUCAUCUAAUCUUUCUAAUGUUAAGUAUAUUAUUCAAAUAUUGUUACUGAUUAUUGUGCUGUUCCUUGAUUAUUGUUACUGCUGAUACACGGCACACCGUUACCGAGGGUUUUUGUCAAAACGUAUUAACUCAGUUUUCCUCAAGACCAUCGACAAUGAUACGAGUAUUGUACUUAGAUUUGAUAAACAUAUUAUUAUCAUAGAGAAAUUUUGUUUCUAUUAUACCGCAUCAUCUUUGGAACAGUUGGGCUAACUUUUCUUUGCUCGACUGCAGGUCCGGACCCCUAUAAGGUGACCUAAUAUUAUUAUAACAAUAACAAUAAUUUUAGUUUUGAAAUUGUUAAUAUUAUUAAUACUAGAUGAUGAGACCACACUCCGCGGAUGUCGGCUUCUAUUUCUAAAUAAUGCACGCAGUUAUUGUUCCGGAAAUGAUUCAGCUAAUUUAUGUGAAAAUAGCUAUGGAUGUUAAUUAGAAUACGCUCAGUCAAGAAAUGUGUGUUUUUUUAAAUUUGGCAUUUCACCUCCCCUCCCUGAUAUUGUUACAAAAUCGUGUGUUUGACUGGACAACGUUAAUCGUCGUGCGUGUGUAAAUAACGCAUCCUGAUUUAAAAAGUCGUUUCUGCUAUUUUAUGUUUAAUACAAACCGACAUGAAUUGAACUCGUGAUAUUUAACGAUAUUACUCGAUAUUUCACAUAACUAUAAUAACUACAAUAAAUGUCAAAUGUUAAUGUAAAUCAAUUUAUGUUUCAGGACUUCAUGGAAGAGCACAAUAGCUUCAUAUGCCGGUUGGUUCACUAAUUCGUUACGUCGACGAAGGUCUGUACUGUUCGCCUUAUUCUUGAGUAUACUUCUGCUGGUACUCUGCGUUCAGUACAAUACGUCCAGCGACAUAAGCAUCCAAAGCAUCCAAAACAACGUGGUUAUGUCCGAAUUUGAGUCAGAUGAACAACAGUCGCCCAAAAAACAGCUGCAAAUGGCGGCCGCACCAGUACCAGUGCCAGGCUCGGUAAGGAAGAUGAAAAAAGACAACGAUGUGAACUUCAUCGAGGAAAUACAGACUCGAAAGAGCCGCCGAAUUCAGCCAAAUGCAGAGUCCACCCAACAACAGCAGCCGUACGUGCCUCCACACCGGCUCAUACACAUCGAUUUCAAGGGAGCACCUCCCAAAGUAACUUACCUCCAGAAACUGUUUCCAUUAAUCAAGAGGUUCGGUGGCACCGGUCUUUUGCUUGAAUGGGAAGACAUGUUCCCCUGGACUGGGACGCUGUCUCCAAUGGCCGCCGGAAACGCAUAUUCCCGAACGGAAAUCAAAGAAAUACUAAAACUGGCCGCGGCCAAUAAUCUAGAAGUUAUCCCGCUGAUACAAACCUUCGGUCACGUGGAGUUUGCACUGAAACUUCCAGAUUUUGCGCACCUUAGAGAAGUCCAAGAGUCACCACAAGCGCUCUGUCCAUCUUACAAUGCCUCUAAUAAGUUCAUCGAACAAAUGAUCGAUCAAGUAAAUAUCUGCCAUCCACUUCUUGUAUUUAAUUUAAUGUUCAAUACCAACUUCGUUUUUCUAUAUAUAGAUCCUCGAGAUUCACGGAAACGUUAACUAUUUGCACAUUGGCUGUGACGAAGUGUUCCACAUGGGAGAAUGUUUCAGGUGUAGGGCUAAGGCUCGGGAAGACUUGUUUUUGUCACAUGUUAAACAAGUAGCCACGUACGUACGUGCCAAGUCCCCGAACACGAUUCCCAUUAUUUGGGAUGAUAUGCUGAGGCACUUGCCUGUUGCUACAAUGCAGUUGUACGACAUCGGGAAAUUAGUAGAGCCGAUGGUAAACUACAAUAAUUAUUAUUUUUAUUAGCAUAAUUAUACGUUUUUCUGAACAGGGAACUAUGCUAUAAUUGUUUUCAAAAUUAUAAAUUCAAAUUUUUAUUUAAUUUUACCCCGAUUCCACAGGUUUGGGUGUAUGCCGAAGACGUGUACAGAUUUGUCAUGCAGAGCGUUUGGGAAAAAUAUCAAAUUGUUUUUUCGCACGCCUGGACAGCUAGUGCUUUUAAAGGAGCGUUCGGAGAAACUCUGUACGUCCCGAACGUUAAGCGCCAUUUGGAAAACAAUUUGAACUGGCUGCAGUUAAUGUCUAACGAAAACAGUCGAUUCACAGGAGGUUUCAAAGGAAUCGUCGUAACCGGAUGGCAGAGGUAUGAGAAAUAAUGUUUACGUCAUUUUAGAUUCUCAGCGGAGCAAGGAAUAUUUUGGUUUUAAAAUGAUGUUUUUUUUCCUGUGAAAAAAAUUUUCUACCAGAAAUUGUUGUGGUUAUUGAGGAGUCAAUUUUUGAUUUUCUAAGUGGUUUUAAACAUAAUUAGGAAAACGUAAGAAGAAUGUUUCUACAAAAAAUAUUUGUAGAGGCUUAAAAUUUGGACAGAAAACUUGCAUUUGCUUUUUCUAGACGUUGUCAAAUUUUCAAAAAAUUUAAACCAUUUAUAGACAUUUUAAUUUUACGAGUUAUUACGUCAUUUUUAUUCGGUAGGUACUCUGUGGAUGAAAUCGUUAGACCAAACAAAAAUACUUGAAAAUAUAACAGAAGGUUCACAAUGAAAUUGUACAUUAUGGUAAAAAAAAAAAUUGAGUGGAAUGUAGAAUUUUAUUUUUAUAAGAAUUUUAAUAUCAAAUUUUGACGAAAAUCGUAAAUAUCACGGCCUUUCAAAACAUAGUAUAACCGAACUCCGCUCAGAAUCGGUUUUCGUCAACAAAGAUUAAUUGUUGCAUGCAGAUAUAAUGCUACAUUAAAUUUCCUUCUAUAUCCUGCCUUCCCAGCUUCUCACCUACAACAACAGCUCUCCCAUUGUGCGAAGUAUGUCUUUUUAUUAUACCUUGGUAUUAUAUUUGGUUGUUUUAUGUUCGGUUGUAGGUAUGAUCACUUUGCCGUUUUAUGCGAGAUUCUCCCGUCAUCCAUACCAUCGAUGGUUGUAAAUCUCUUGGCGACUACCAACGGUUACAUGAACCAGACACUGCAAUCAAAUUUGAACGAAGGUCUGAAAUGUGGCAUUUUCGGUCACACCAACGAAUAUGACGGAGAUUUUCUAAAUUUGAACAACGAUCCAUAUCUGUGGGACCAAUUCUCGAGGUGCUCCUUUCCGGGCAAUCAAUUUUUCAGGUAUACCUAUUAACUGCAAUAUACUUAAAUAAUUGUUUCUCGAUUCGGCGUAAUAAAUAAUAAUAUUUAUAAUAUGAUUUAAUAUACCAGGUUGCUGUACAGAUUACAAACUAUUGAAGCGGACUAUAAUGAUUUUAUUCUAGCAACUAAAAAAAAUCGCGGUUGGAUGACCAGUUACAACGUAGAACACGAAUUUUCGUCCCCGCUUCGUGUCGACGAAUUAAUGAACGACCACGCUCGGAUUUAUCGAUCGCUUUUAUCGAUGAUCAGACCUAUUCAGGAAUCGUUGGCUGGAAUAUUCGAUAAGUACACCAUAUCAGAAUGGAUAGAACAGAGGGUGUAUCCAAUGAUCAGAGAAAUGGAAAAAAUACAAAAAGAGGCGCACGACUUGAAGGCCAAAAAGACGUGGCCGAAAAGACCGCUUCCGUUAUUGAGGGAAAUGGUUAGAAUCGGAGUGAUUGAUCGUGAACUUCCCACUCCGUCCAGUGACGAAACAAAAUAAUAUUAAUAAUAUUAUAUAGUCUAUUAAAAAUACAACGUGACUGUUUGUUAUGAACUAGAUGUGUGUGGCAUAUAAUAUGGGUCUCGUAGAAUAUAAAUCGAAUAAAAAUAAUUAUACAUAUUGUACGUUUGAACGAGACCUCAAGACAUAGUAUAAGUUGAUAAAGUUUCAGGGUUUACGUGUGAACUGCAUUUCAAAGGGUAUUAUCUUAAAAUAAGUGAUUCUUAGUUAAAUGUUUGAUUAAGUUUGUUCCAUUAUUGAAUGUUAAAAUAAACGUCCCCGGGCUUUUUAAAGGAUAUGUGCAAUUUAGUAAAACAAUAUAUAAUUUUAAGUACCAACCCCUUGUAAAUAUUAGAUAUUAUUAUACCAUUUAAAAUGUAUUAAGUUUUGUUUUAUUCUAUUAAAUUAUUUUAUUGACACAAUAACUACUUAUAUAAAUGAUGUGUGUCAUGCAUCAGUUCAUUAUAACUAUUUAGACUAUUAAGUUUGUAAAAAAAAUUUAACUACAAUUUUUUUUAUUCCGUUAACUUGUUAAAUUUUUUAAUUGUUCAAAAGUAAAACUUAUUUUAUGUUACCUUAUUAAAUAUUUAAUAUUAAUUGUUUAUUUUUUACUUUUUUCGAUUUAAAAUAAAUUUGCCUACUAAGUAUUAAACUAUAUACCUAUUUGUUUUUGCUAUUCGUUGUGAACUUUUUUUUUAAAAUAUAUUUCUAGUUAUAUUUUAAACUUUAACUAUCAAUAAUUUUUAAAUAUUCUUAUUGAAAAGUUUUGUGUGAGUAAAAAAAUAUCUAAACAUAUAUUUUUUUUUUUAAGUUUUGUACAUAAACAUUAUAGGCUGUGUUUUAUUUUAUUUUAUGUUAUUUGGUGUAUGACUUAAUGGGUUGUGUGUUCUACAUAACUAAGUGACUUAGAUUAAGAUAACUAGCUAAUCCGUACUUAGUACAAAUUAAGUAAAAUAAAACUCUUGAAGUUUAGAACAAUUAUUGUUUUUCAGGGUUAAAAUGCCAAAUCAGUAUGAACUUUUACUGAUCUGCUAUUGUCUCUGACUCGAGAAUAUUUACUAUAAUUUGACACACCCAUUUAGUCUUAGUUUAUACUUGAAGACUUGUAAUCAAUUCAAUAUUUCUGUCAAUUUAAAAAAAAAAGUGUUAAGUUAUAUUCGUCCGUUUUAAGAUUUUAUCGCUAUUGAAAUUAUAAUAUUUAUUUAAAAUAGUUAAUAACUGUAAUAUAUAUUAAUUCAUGUGAUUAUUAUGUUUAAAAAAAAAAUAUUCCAAUAAUAUAUAAAAAAUAUAGUAAAUAAAAAUA